CGCCGCUUGCGUGCCAGCGGCCGCCGGGCCGGGCCAUUCUCCCUCGUUCUCUCUCCUCUCCCUCCCUCCCCGCCCGCCCGCUCGCGCGCGCCUCAGAGAGCCCGGUGCGACUGGCUGACGGGAGUGCGAGUGGUGUGUGGGAUGUGAUGCGAGCCGCCAGAGAAAAUGGCGGCGGCAGCAGCAGGAGGAGGAGGGUCGGCUUCUGCUGCUGCGGCGGCUGCUGCUGCUGUGGCGGCUGCGAGUCGCAUCUCCUCCUCGGUCGGAUUAUCGUCGAGUAAGGAAGCCGCCGCCGCCGCCUCCGCUUCCCCUUCCUGCUCCGUCCCGGCCGCCCGGAGCCCGAAGUCUGUGAGGAGCGGCGGGGCUGGGAGCGCUGGAGGCGGCGGCGGCGGCGCGCUCCUGACGAGAGACCCGGGCGGCGGCGGCGGCGGCAUUCGGGAGCCUCGCUCGGACUGGAGGCGGAAGCAGCUGCGCAAAGUGCGGAGCGUGGAGCUGGACGGGCUGCCGGAGCCCGCCGAGUGCCCGGAGCUGCCCCUCUGCCUCUCGGGAGCCGCCUCCUCCUCCGCCGCCUCUUCCCCGUCGGCCGCGCAGCCGCGCUCGACCCCCGGCAGCCCCGCGUCCUCCCCCAGCCGCGGCUUCCUCCUCGCCGGCUCCCCCGACGCGCCGCUGCCGGACGCCGCGAGCCAAGCUGCGGGAGCUGGCGCCGCCGAGAAGACCGUGGAGCCGCCGCCCCCUCCGGGCGGAACAGGGUGAGUGUGGGGGUCUGAUUUCGGUCGGGGCAGGGCAGGGCGGUGACACUUGAGAACGGCGGGAUCUCCCCCGGGCAUUGGGCUGGGCCUGUGGGGAGAGGAAAGGGCAGGUGCCCGAGGUCUGCGCGCAGGCUGCUGCACGGGAAGGAGGCGUGCAAUGCCCGGGCGCGUUUGCAAACGCUCGCGCUGAGCCGCCUUGCCUGCGGUAACUUAAAACUCGUGCAAGCUGCACGGUGAGCUUGGGCUUCGCCAGGAAAACUUGCCAGGGGUCGCUCUCGGCUGCACGGCCGGCGUGCAGCGCUGCUUCUUUCCCGGGGAAAGCAUUGUUUUGGCACCGUGGCUUUUUCCUCCCUCGCUACCUCGGUUGCAUUUCUUCGUAGGUACCCCCGUGCGCGCGCCCCCCCCCCCCCCGGUUUUUCGCUCGAGAUCGUUGGUGUUGCAAGUGCUGGGAAUGUGUGGGCGCUGCGGGGCUGAAGGCUGCUUGAUAUUUGCCCAGCGACUGCAGAGAGGCUUUGAAGUUUGAAUUUGUCCUGCUGCUGGUGGUGGUGGAAGAGGAGGAGGACCCAGGACCGGAUGUAUCAGCCAUUCAGUUGCAAUGCGGUUAAACCCGCUAAUUCUGCAGGCAGUUCUUUUCGCUGUGGGCAGGAGGAUCCGGAGUUGUGGGGGGAAGUUGCUUUAACGUGCGUUUCUAUUUAAACAAUAUUUCGGCUUCGUUGACAUGCAUAUCAUUUAGCAAUCUGCUCGCAGUUUGCAAUUCCCUGGAGUUGCCAUUCUUGAUACUUAAGAACCACGAUAGCGUUUCUCUCCCCCCUCCGCCCCCGGUGCCUUGUUCCACCUCAUUGCAGCUUGAAAAUGCGGAACUGUCUUUUUAUGUGGGUCUUCUUAAGAGAGAAUGCAGUGUAUAGACAUGCAUGCCUUAUUCCCUAUUUGUGCUAAGAAACUUGCAUUGCGAUGUCAGGUGGCUCACGUUGUGGGAGAUUGUGAGCCAUGUUUUGUUUCAAGCGUUGACAUUGCAAAAUGUACCUUGUUCUUUUUCUAGAGAGAGAAGCGCAGGUUACGGCUGUGGCUAUUAAAGUAAAAAGCACAAGAUGGUUGGAGUGCCUUUUAAUUCAUAGCUGAAACCAUUCAGAUUUCCUGUUGCAGUUUUAAACCGUGUAGCCUUGCUGCUUUGGAUUGGCACAUUUGGUCUGUUUGCCCUUGGAAACUUUGUGCUGUGGGUUGGUGGUGCAGAUCUUGCUAUCAGUGCACACCGGAAAAGAGCUUAAUCUGAGAACAGCAGACCUGACUGCUCAUAAAUGAGGACUUGCAGUCUGAUUAUAAAUGCAUUUCCUCGGAACCAAAACAGACUAAUUUUAGUAGGACCAACUUUAGUAAGCUUGCUUAGGUUUGCAGCAUAAGUGCUAGUAUCAAUGCUAUUUUUAAAAUUACUGUACAACUAAAUGUAGCCCUGUGUGACAAUAAUAAAUUGCUCCCUGGAGGCUUAACUGAUGGUCAGGGACUGUUUUAGCUUUGAUACUAACAACUGUCCGUUGUGGCUCUUAAAGUCUUGUUAAUUAAACAGGCACCAACAUUCUAGUAAACACUAGCUCUAGAAAUGGUCCACUGAUUAAUCAACAGUGGCAGACAUACUCAUAUUGAUUAUAUGCAACUUGCAAAAAAACAAAACCCAAACAGAGGAAAUGAUUUGUAGUCAGUGAAAACCCUUCCCAGUGCAGAUAAGCUAGUUGAGGAGACUUAGUGCUGAAACAUGAAUGAAAUGUUUCUGGGAAAUGAACAUUUUGUAUUGUGCUAUUCUGUAACUUGCAAUACAGCAGUACAUGGUUGCAACAGAGGAAUAUUGACAAGUAAAGCAUUGGCAAAAAUGUAUCUUUCAAAUAGGAUUCUCAGGUUCUUUCUUCAUUUGUUUAAGCACUUGUUGCAUUGGGCGAAAUCAUCAAGGUUGAAAUGUUGACUUACUGCUCCAUAUAUGGGAGAAUCUUAUUGGAUAUCCUCGUUACACUUUCACACACACAUGUGAAAUUCAUUUAAAUUUAUAAAUCCUUUAGUAGUUAUAGAAGAGGUUCCAAGAGCAUUUGUUGUAAUGGUUUUCACAGGUUUGAUAGGGUCCAGUAUAUAGCAAAUAUUGUUAAUACGUAUUAAAUACCAGGUGCUUCGUUGUGUUUCAGCAGUGCAGUGAGAUUGAUAUUUGUUAACUAGCCUAUAGUAUGCUUAACCUCAUUCCUAUAUCUAUAAAAAAUUUUAGCUGUAGCUUUUUUACUUAUUAAAUGCCUAAUUUAAUAUUGCCUUUCUGGAAGAAGAGGCAAUAUCCUUGAUUAGGUCAUGUUGAUGGAUAAGACAUAAAAAUAACCAUUAAGGAAACAGCCUUUUUAAUUUCAAAAAGUGGGUGAAAUCAAGUAGCUCAAGCAUUUUAUCUCUGAAAAUACAUUAAUACAGUACAGCUUACCUUUGCACAGAGAAGCUGUAGGCUUCAAUCCUGUAAGCAGUUUAUCUUAAUUCUACAGAAAUGUCUCGUACAAAGGGGAAGUGAAGAACAAAGUACAAUUCCUACGUGAAGUUGUUAAUACUAUUGCUAAUAUUUUUAAGCAGGGUGGCUGAGAUUCCUUUCAGCCCAAGAAGCAGACCAUGUGCUUCCUCCAAAGCCCUUGUACAUUUCAUUUUCCACAAAGAAAAAAUGCUGCCAAAAUAUUGUACAUUGCAACAAUUCUGCAAUGUGAAAACUAUGGGAUAGUUGCAAGUUAUCCUGUUACAGUAUUUUAGAUUUUUUUGAUAGUUCUAAAAUGAGAACAAAACAAAAUGAGAGAUGGUGCCAUCUAGAUUUGCAAAUAUAUAUUGAAUAUGGCUGUGGCAGCUGAAGUAGCUCACCUUGCCUUAAGAAGCAGCUAAAAUGGGAGAAAUCUUUUUUGUCUUUGUUUUGUUGUUAGCAGCAUCCAUUAUGCAAAUAUGUAAUGUAUAACUGGUAACUUCACUUUGUAGAGUCCAUGAAACAAUAAGAUGAAGUUUUUCAAAUGUGUGGCCAUUGCAUAAACCCCACUUAACAGGACUGAUUAAUCCUUCCUAGUUGAGAACACUUUCCAUGGGAGAACUGGGAAUUCAAAAUAUAGGUAGUUCAUUUAGCCAAAAUGAGAAAUGCAUUGCUGGCUGUGGUGUAACUAUGUUUUAUCAACUGCAAGCUUUUGAAGUGAAUCUGGAGAGCUCCAGUAAAAUACUGUAAUUUUAUUUGAGUAGCUUGUGUGUGGUGUGUAUGUGUAUGUUUUUUCAUAAUUUUUUGUCAUCAUUUCUAUCCUAUAAUGCCACGAGCACAAAUACACUUUUCCAGGGUUGUUCCAUAUAAAAUCCAGGAUUCCAAAUUAUUAUUAGUCAUUUAUACAGAAUAAUUUCAGUUGUUGUCUUGUCUAAUUCACAUCUGUAAUCCAACUAAAAUCUGUAAUCCAGCUAAUGCUUCUCUGUGCAUUAAUGUCCAUUUUCUCUAUGUUUGUUUUGUAAUUGCUCUGUAUUUAUUUUUGCAGUAUUAAAUGUUCUACUAGUCCUAUCAAGAUUAUUUGGAGAAGCAGCAGCUUAUUAGCUUGCCUUAUAAAGCUAUGUACAUGAUUCAAAGUGGUUUGAGAGAUCAGAUCCUGGGUCACAUCAUACCUUGUUAAACAAAUGGUGGGGAGACCUUCUAUUGUCAAGCCUUGUUCUGAGAUUAAUUUCUGAAUUACUGAAAAAAGGCUACAUUUUGCUUAUCUCUACUGUCAGGUUUGUAUCUCCCUAUAAACACAAGCAUGCAUCAUUGGCAAACUUGUUAAAGCUUUGGUUAGAGUGUAACAUAUUGGCAACAUAUGCUUUUAAGUAUCCCUAGGAAGCCAUUAUGCAGCUUAACUUCUGGUGAUAGUUGUAAAUUAAUGUAUAGUUGUUUUCUACCAUAGAUUGUAUUUUAGCUCAUCUAUUGUGAGCAGAAGGGAUAAAAGUUGCACUAAGAUGGAUAAAGUACAAAAUACAUAACAUCCUUCUGUAUUAUGGAACACCAGCAGUAAAAUUAAGCUGUAUUUAUGCUGAUUGCUGCAGGUACAGUUGUACCUUGGAAGCUGAACGCCUUGCAAGUUAAACAUUUUGGCUCCCGAACACCACAAACCUGGGAGUAUUCUGGUUUGCGAACGUUCUUUGGAACCCGAAUGUCCGACACGGGUUCCAUAGCUACCAAUUGGCUGCAGGACUUUCCUGCAGCCAAUCAGAAGCCGCGCCUUGGUUUCCGAACAUUUUGGAAGUCGAACAGACUUCCGGAAUGGAUUCCGUUCAAUUUCUGAGGUACAACUGUAUACAAAUAGCAACAAUACAAUAGCAGGUAUACAAUAGCAGGUAUACAAAUAACAACAAUACAAAGGUAAGAGUGGCUUUGGAGGGUUGAGGGGGGGCCACCACCGUUUUGGGAGUGUUCGUGGGGUGAAUAAGAAAUGGAAGUGCAGUUGUGCCCACAGAACAAUGCAUGUAGAGCAUUGGAUACAACCUGUUGUAAUUAGUUUAAAACAAAUAAAUUUUAGUUUAAAUUUUAGUUUAGUUUAAAACAAAUAAAUUUUAACUGUUCUUCCAGUUACUUAGUAUGAAUGUUUGUUUGGAAAUGAUACCUGAAACCUGAUGUAAAUAAAUGUUUUAACCCCACACUUAUUGAUAGAUCUGAUCAAGUGGAGGGGACUUUGUAGGCCAUCUAGUGUAAGCCCCUGCUUGAUGCAGGAAAUUCAGAGCUAGAGCAUCUCCAGGUGGCUGUAACACCACUUAUCCCUGAUAAUUGGCAUGCAGCUUCCAGAACUGGAUAAAGGACUGUUGAUGAGGUCCAACUAGGGCAGAAUAAAGUGAAGCUAUUACUAGUAGUGGCUAGGAAGCUAUGGUUCUAUUAAUGCAGCCCAAAAUUACAUUAGCCUUUUUUUGCAACUGCUGAGUCAUGUUCAGCUUGUGAUAAAUUGCAACUCCAAGAUCCUCUUCAUAUGUACUGCUGCAAAGCCAGGUAUCCCUCAUUCUAUAACUUUGCAUUUGGUAACUUUUUGCCUGUAUACAGAACUUUGUGUUUGUACCUGUACUUCAUUUUUUUAUUUAUUGCAGCCCAGAUUGCUAUUCUUUCAAAGUCUGAAUCAUCUGCUAAUCACUGCAUUUUUUGCUUCUGGCUCCUCACCUAUUCUCUGGGAUUUUUCAAAAAUGAUAGAAAGCAAUUCUGAGUGUACAGUGAUUUAUGUUGCCUUGAUUCAGAUACUUUUCCUCUGCUUAGUUUCCUCUGCGGUUCAUGGCUGUAGUGGCUGAUGCAUAUACUGUACUAGUGAAUCAAAACUCUCUUGACCCUUUUGCAUGUUUCAACCUUUCAAACAAAUUGGCUACUUGCCUUUUAAAAAAUACUGCAUGAAAACACUGCAUGAAUAUUAUUGUAUAUUCAAUCAUUGCUUUAUUAAUUAAAAACAGGAACUUCAGGGGAAAUCAUUCAGGGAGCAUAGAUUACAUCAUGGGGAAGACAGCCAAUCAGGGUGGUGAACUGACAGUAAUUGCUGCAGAUGUGUGUAACAUUUUUUCAGAACUUUAGGAUGUAGAGGAUAAAUAGAAUAUAUUUCAGGGAACACAGUCAGGAUACUUCCAGAGUAGCCUAUUCUAAGAAAAUGUUAUGUGUCUGCUUGUUCUUCAUAUAACCCCUAAUACUUGACUUACAGUCAUUGUGAUUAUGGGACUGUUUCUCCCUAUGCAGAAACUUCCUUGAAUAAGCAGUAAUGGGGAGACUAACAUUUUAAUUAUUUUGAUGAUAUCAAUCAUACCAAAUGAUAAUACAGCUGAGGGUUGCUUCAAAAAGUGUACUUGUAUUCCACACAAUUAUUUUCCCACAUACAGUUUUUGGUGACAGCUGAAAGCCUUCCUCUUAGCUUCAGGCCUUUGGGGAAUGAAGAGUGAGUUACAUAGCCAUAGUUUUAGGAAAGAACAGAUGACAUGGUUUGUAUAUUGUCAUGCUUGUUUUCAGGUUUUUGUUUGACUUCAUUGUGUAUUUUUAUUGUUGUGACCCCCCCCCCAUUACUUGCGAAUGAAGGGCAGGAUAUAAAUUACAUAAAUAAGUAACAUUGUUGGUACUUGUGUUUUUGAGCACAAUUGCUUGGAUACAAUUCUGAGAUGUGUAAACAUUCCUUUGACAUUGUCCCUUGUGUGACUCUCAGGACAACUUUCCUAGCGGAUUUGAAUUUACAUGCCCUAUUGAUUCAGUUAAGAUUUACAACCAGUUGUGGUUGGGUUUUGUUUUGUUAAUUCAAAAUGUUAAAAAAGGUGGAUAUCUUAACUUACAUUUAAGGACAAAUAUGAAGAUACCUCAUGUGUUUUCUUCCAGCCCUGAGGAGACAAUGGAGUCCUGAGUAUGUUUAGAAUUUUAUGACUUCUGUAGUAAGAGAGUUAGUAUGGUGUAAUGGUUAGUGUUGAACUAGGACAAGGGUUCAAAUCCGCAUUCAGCCAGGAGGUUCACUUGCUGAUCUUGGGCUAGUAACUUAUCUUAUCGGCCUAAACUACCUCAUAGGGUUGUUGUGAGAAUAAAGGGACAGGAGAAAACAAUGUACAGUGCCUUGAGCUUCUUGGAGGGGAAGGCACAAUAAGUAUGUAGUAUAUGAAAUAUAUUAAAAUAAACAAUUAUGGGCUUAUCCAAGGUAACCUGAUCCUCACUGGAGCAGAGAAUGAAUUCAGUUGGUUUCCCUUCAGGUAAUAACAUAAGGACAAAAGAAAAGCCCUGGUCGAUCUAACUAAUUUAGCUCACUAUUCUCAUGGUGGUCAACCAAAUGUGUGGUCAGCUAAGACAUAAAUGCAAUAGCUCUCACUUGAGCAAGUGGUAUUCAGAUGCUCCAUGGACCAAGUCUGCUCUAGAUAUCAGAAGCAUGAGAAUAAUUGUUGGACAACAAAAAAUAAUGGAAGGUUGUUGCUUUCAUGCCCUGCUUCUGGGAUUCCUGGAAGUGUUUGGCUGUUUAUUGUUUAAAACAGGGUGCUAGAUUAAUUGGAUCCCUGUUCUUAUCCAGCAGGGCUGCUCUAAUAUUUUAAGUGAGUUGAACUAUAUGCCCAUCUUGGUUUUAUUUAAAAGCUUUUCUUCCUGGAUUAUGCCUAGAAACUUUGAAUUCGUUGCUUCAUAGCCUCACGUCUAGAUUACUAUAAUCAUCUAUCUAUAUUUGAAGCUAUCCUUUACUUAAAGUGGGAUUGAGUGACCCUCCAAACAAUGUUCAAAAUUAGCCAGACGCCAAGCACAUUUUGCGACUAGCACAGGUCCAAUUGCAACCAUGUGGCGAUCUUGGGAUGCCAGGUUGGUGACUGAGGAAAGCAAAAUGUCACUUAGAGAAGGAUCUGAAAUAUUUUCCUUGAAGCUUGAAUUAGCUUUAUCCUGGAUUGUUUUAUUUGAUGUUUUAAUGUGUUGUAGAACACUUUGAGAUUUGUUCUUUGAAAUAUAAAGCAGCAUAGAAAUGGAAUGAGUACUGCUACUACUGCUAAUAAUAAUUGCAUCGGUGUACGCGGGGGGAACAGUGGCUAGACAUUGCAUUGUGGCAACUGCAGCCUAGGUUUAAGGUGCCAUUUGGCAAUUAGAUUAUAUAUCUGAGUUUUAGACGCUGCCUCCAAAUGUCAUUUGACUUCCAGCUCUCAUCAGCCCCAGCCAGCAUGGAAAUGGUCAGGAAUGAUGGGAGUUAUGGUCCAUUCCACCAACAUUUUUAGAACCAUCAGUUCCCCAUCCUUGGCUCUCGCUCAGUCAGUCUUGCAAAUAAAUAAAUGCUUGACAGAGGUGGGAAGUGACGCUUGCCUUGUAUUCUGGAGGCAGUCUAUUUUUAACAUGAGGCCACUAUAUUUUAAGGAUUUUUAAGGAAUUGUGGGAGUUUAUAAUCAGGAGCUCCUUGCAUCCACAGAUCACAAGGAUUUGUUCCGAAAGCAGCAAGACUAUCUUCACGUACUUCCCGGUGGUUGAUUAUUAUAGAAUCAGCGCUUCUUGUGCAUGCAUGCUUUUUGUAGCAUCCAUAUGAUGUCCUUUCCACCAGAAUGCCAGCCUGUAUUUCCUCCUCAUUGAAUUUGAGUCUACCCUUUCUAUUGAAAUACCAAUAAAUUAAAAAUAAUUCUGUUGCCAGUAUUCUGCUUGCAGUAUCAAGCCCCCAUGUGGAAGCAUCCUUUCGUCCUAUGUAUUUCUCUCCUAUACACCAUCUUUUGCUUCAGAAGGAAAUACAACACCAAGGAGGUUAAGAAGAAGGAGAUCAAGAAGUUCCUUGCAAAGACAAAAAUGCAUCUGGGACAUACUUUUUAUUGUGCGGAAAGCUAGUUGUGCUACCACUUCUACCUUCUUGAUUGGGUGCAAAUUAGUAGUAGAUGCAUUUAUUAUUGAGGAGCAACAUAUGCUGGAGAAAAUUCGUGCUGAAAUGUCACAGGGUAAAGCUGUUAUCAAUGGAUGUUCCAUUAGGUUGAAAUAACUAGUGUGAAGCAAAGGAAAAGUUAAAUAAAGCCAUUGUGAAAUUAGGGAAAUAUUUAUAGUGAUUGGGGAAAUGCUGUCUGUUAACAUAUCUUUGGUUGAAAAAAAUGCUGAAACAUUCUAGCAUUUUGUCUUUAGCGUGCAGCAAAAAGAGAACAAGUUACAAGGAGCACUGAUUUGCAACUAGUCAGAUCAGUGAUUUAGACCACAACCAUACAGGGUUGCACAGAAGUGUGCGUUCAGCCUAUGGUCUGAAGCAUGGACCAGAAUAUCAGGAGACCAUCUCAAUCGUUUUAUUUAUAUACUGCCUUUUCAAAGUUAAAGUUAUGCUCAAAGUGGCUUGCAACAUAUAAAAUUAUGUAACUACAAACAUAACAAAAGUAGUCAUAAACAAUAAAUCAAGCAUCAAAAAGUACACAACAAAAUUUCCACAUAAAUCAUAAGAUCCAAAAUAGAGAUACAGAAGUCAACAGCAACAACACACCCACCCAAUGCCCAACAAAAAACCCCUAAACAAUACCCCAGCAUUGUUCAGCAGCCUCCGCUUUUGCAGCUGGAGUCAGUCAGUCAGCCAGGGCCUCACCCUCCCAGACCAGGUGGGGAAAGGCCUAAAAGGCAGGGGGCCAGUCUUCUAGGACUCACAGCCAAUAUGCAGUUUUUAAAUAUCUGAGCUAGUUUGUAAUUUGAAAAUCUUUUCUAUGCUUUUAAGCUAAGUAUUAUGCUAUGGAAGCUGAUGCAUUUUAAGCUCUCUCCCAAAAUCCAUAUUAGUUUUAUUUUUAUUUUUUUUUAAAAAAGCCUAUGUUGUCUCAUUUAGGAGGGAGUUCCGCAAAACUGGAUCUACAAUACUGAACUAUGAAAUGACAUAUGAGUAUCUUUUAUUCUUUUUUCUCAGUCUGGAUGGAAUGGGAAUCCAUGUUUCCUUUCUUCUUGGUACGAAAAGGGUAUUCAUAUAUAUUACGGCAUAUUAUUUUUCUGAAACAGAAUAUUCAGUCUUAUCCCAAUUGACCAAGAACAGAGGGCCAAUUUGUGAGUUACUUUUUUUCCAGCAUAGAUGAUAAUUAGUCAGUCUUCUAAGCAUUUGUGUAAAUGGUUUCUUAGAACUGGAUGCACACCUUUUACUUUUGUAAGCAUGCAAAUAAAAUAUGAUGUGGUGUUCAGCUUCUCUGUCUUGAAUAAGAUUCUGUAUGUAUAAAAGGUAAUACUUGCUUGUGUGAACUGAUUAAGACCAUAGCAUUAGUGCACAUCUGAACAGAUUAUUGACUUCAUGGUGGAUGACUUGCAAAGCUUUAUGGAUUGAAUGAUGGAGCUGCCCAAACAUAAGCCUGAUAACUUACAUGAUUUUUGUGAUUGCUAAGCAUCUUGGAUGAAAUAAUAUUUUAAAAUCAUAGUGCAUAUACAAUCAUCUACAAAAUACCAAAAAAUGUUUCUGUUUACCACUGCUUUUUCCUCAUGGGGAGUGGAGUCUUCCAUCUCAUUCUGAGCUUUGGACAACUGCUUCUAAGUCCUUUGCCGAUGGAUGUGAAGGCAGGGAAAUGUCUUGAAAUGUCACAUCUAAAUAGGCUGCACAUUGAGAAAAGAAAAAGGAAGAGACUUAGAUGAAGACAAAGUGUAAUGCUUAAUUUGUUUGUGUGGUACAUGCACACGCCUCCCUGCUUACCUUUCAUACCCUGUGCCCAGGCAUUGGUCCCGCCCCACCCCUUCCUUUAUACAAUCUUCUAUCUUAAAUAGGAAGUGUUACCUUUAAUAUCAUAAAGGUACAGUCAAGAAGAAUAAAAAUUGUACCCAGUUGCUUGUCAAGAAACAAUUCUACCAACUUGUGCAUCUCACGUCAGGUUUACAGUUCCAUAUUUCACUAGUUGCAAAGGGACAUUAACAGCUUUCAACAUUCAUAUUUUUAUAGUAGGUUAAUAGGUGAAAGGAAGGUAAAUGAUGCCAAUUCAUGUAAAUUUGCUUGAACUGGUUAUAUGCUCAAAUAAGGAAGGAUUUCCCAAUUUUGUCCAACCCCCCCAAUUUGCUUUACAUUGCACAGUGCUGUUCUUUGGUAAGCAUGACACAUGCUGGAAGAAGGCAGCCACCCAAUCAUAGUAAGCCUAAUUAUUUGUCAGUAUAAAUAUUGAGCUGUUGCUUGGUAAGAAGCAGAUGUUUCAAUUUCUGCCUGUGGCUCUACUCCAAAUGAAGGGAUGUUCAAGUGAGUUUAAGAAAUAAAGCCUUUUAUUUCACAGGAGGCAAAAAAAGUUGUGAAUGGCUACAAUCAAUACUCCAGGUCUGUGUUCUUCAAUAACAAUAUAUCAGUUGCUUAAAGUAAGAAAACUUUAAAUGUCCCAACCAUGACACAUCUCACUUGAAGGUACACACAUCUCACUUGAAGGAACAUCACAUUUUAAUUUUUUCAACUGGCAUAAAACUGGAUUCUCUCAGCUUGCUGCAACACCACCUGUGCUGUAGUGCACAGAUGGUACUUUUCCUGCCAUAAUAAAUGUGUUAGUCUUUAAAAUUAUGUGAGACUCCUUUUUUUCUACGACAGACCAGUGCAGCUACACCUUUGGAAACUGCAACAUAUUCAGACACUUAGCAUUCAUCUUUCUGCUAGUUCACACUUGAAACAGUUUGUGCCAUGGUGGGUAACCUGUGACCCUCCAAAUCAUAGAAUUGGAAGGGACCUCAGGGUCAUCUAGUCCAACCCUCUGCAAUGCAUGAGUGAUGUUUGACUCCACAUCCCAUCAACCCCAACCGCUGUGGCUGGUGGUCAAGGAUGAUGGGGGUUAUAGUCUAUCAGCAUCUGGAGGCUCAUAGGUUCCCCAUCACUGGCCCUUGCAUGCAGUGCAUAACCCCCCCCCCCCUUUAUAACAAUUUUGAAACAUAAUUCUGUGUUGCAGUAUCUUGCUACUAAAUAAUUUGUGCACAGUAAUCCAUGCAGUCAGUGAUCCGUUCAGACUUGUUGCUAAUCAUACACUGAGUACAGUGAGUGAAGCUUUUGCUGUCUUCAUUUGCAUGUAAUGUUAAUCCUUGUCAUAGAGUUUGAAGAUGAGCUGCAGCGAGCUUUAUGUUCAUGCACUUGUCCUACCCCCUCCUCCAGUAUAGGCGUAAGGAGAUAAGAAGUACCCAUUAGAGUUGAACCACAAUCAGUGUUGUGUCCAAACUCUAAACUGUGGUUAAUAUUAAUAGCUUGUUGAAGCAAACCAGCUUCACUACCCUUGGUUUGAAGUUGGCUUGCUUUGCUUAAAGUCAACCAUAGAUUGAAGAUAAGCUUGUGGUUAAGCUCAAAUGGAAACAAAAGCUUAUGAAUUCCUCCUCAGAGCUUGUAAUAAGAAUUAGUGUAUGAACUUGAGGCUUGGUGAAACUCAGCCUUGUAAUGCUAAACUGUGCUUAGAGUUACAGUACAUGUGAAUGAUACCACUGUGUCUGACCUCCAAAGAAUGUUUACAGGUAACCAGUGAUGAGAGUGGGGGAUUAGUUCCCUAAGGGAAAAUAAGGGAGUUGUGCAGUACCAGUUAGACUGGGUGAUAAUUUCCAUUUUUUCCCAAACAGAGGAGAUUGGCUCAAGCCAAAUACUAUAAGUUAUCUGAAUUUUUUAAAAUGCCAAUUACAAUUUGCACAGAGUACUUCUUGGAAGAGCAGAAUUCUGGUUUGCAAGUUGUUAGAUCACUUUUGAUAUCAACAGAUUUGUUACAAAAGAAGAAAAGGGCAAACAUAAUAAAAAGAGGGGAAACAAAAAUUUAAACCAUGAAGUGUCACAGCCUGGAAGGACAAAAGUACAAAGAUACAGUGUAGCACCAAACGAAUAAUAAAGUAUUAACUCAUACAAAGGUUCCUGUUACAAUUCUGAUGUUUAAUGUGCUCCUGUGGCACUCCAUAGUUAUACAGCUGAUAAACGUCACUUUUGCAAUAUACCUCUUCGGCUAAAUAUUCUAUAUUAAAGUCUCAGAAUUUGAGCUUUGUAAAUUAGCAUCUUACGAUAAUACUUGUUGGGAAAUAAAAUUUGCAAGUGCAUAUUGAAUUUGAGUCCAGAUCCUUAAAAUGUCCCUCGCAUACUACUAGUUGUCCAGCUUGUGCAUUUAUUUCACUGCUAAUACAGGAUUUGGUCCCCAUUUUCAAUUGUCUCUAUUUUUUAAACACUAGUACCAAGAUUUCUGUGGUGCUGGCAGUAAUUAUUUGGUUAAACGUGCACACAGUUCCUUCCUUAUUAGUCAUAUUUAUUAUAUUUACAAAUGCAAGGCAGCAGCCCCAUCUGCCCUAGCUCCCUGGAUACAUGCUGGAUGGCUGCAGGAAGGGAAGGAGGACACCUGGAGACUCCAGGAUGGAGAACACUGAAGUAAAAGAACAAAGUUCUGGGAACUGAGAUAGUAUUGGAACAGAUUGCAAGUAUCAUGUUGAAAAUAAAACAUCUCUUUCAUAUAUUCUAUCUAUCAUCUAUCUAUCUAUCUGUCUAUCUAUCUAUCUAUCUAUCAUCUGUGUGUGUGUAUAAAAUGACUUUUUGAUAAGUCUUCCACAUAUUCUUCAUGUGGCAGGGGACUGUGCUUAAAACCUUCACACAGUGAUCACUUCCCUAUAACUGGUGCCACAGUUUUGUUGCCAAGCCACACUUGCUACAUAAAAUUGGAUUAACAAAUGGGAAACAGCUCUUACAUUUGAUGGUGCCCUUUGUGGCAAAGUACUUUGAUAGUCUCUACAAUGGAGCAUAAAUUUCAGCCCUUAAAACAGAUUCUUUGAUUUACCAGUAUGAUGCAUUAAAGUAGUUAAAACCUUUGGGUUAAUAAUUCAAGAUCAUUUGGAGAGAGGGAAAACCGUUUAUGUGUUAAUUCACUUUUUUAAUCACAGGUAAUUUCUAAAAAUGUUUAAAAAUAAAUAAAUAAAUUUUAAACAUUUAUACUCCCCCACUCCCCACACCAUCUGGAGAAAUGAUGCUUGGCCUUCUUUUACAGAGGCUUUGUAAAUUUAUUAGGUAAAAUAAGGUAAGCAAAGAGCUUUGAACACUCAAAAGAGCAACAUAAAUGUUGCUAAUACUAUGCUUGUACAUUGAUUAAAACAGGGCGGGAUAAAAAACAGAACAUUAAAAUUAUUAAUAAUUAAUAUAUGAAUAAUUUAAGUGUAAUAAUAAAUACAAACCCGUGGACCUGAGAUGAUGUUUAUGAACUGUGGGGUUUGUAGUUCUAGGUGUCAAUUGCUGCCUUUAUUUCUGCAGUGCUAUAGUAGCUAGGAAGAGAUGACCAAACAAUCCCUGUUCUAUCUGCCUGCUUGUGUGUGGUGAUAAGUGUUUACUGGGUAAGGUGAUGUCCUAACAGUGCUAUUGCUACAUGUUGACUGUUGCUUUACAUGUAUGGCUAAUGCAGCUGUGGCAGCUGGGUGGGUGAUUGGUGGGUGACAUGGAGUUGCCAUGGACACUGCAAUUGGCUAUUGGUUGCCUUAUUAGUGCUUGUUUCUACAGCAGCUGUUGUGCUUCUAAUUUUGCUGCCAGUUGGAGCAUAAGAUAAUAACUACAUGAUCCCAGCAGUAGUCCUGGUGCAGCAGUGGCCACUGUGGAUCAGACUGCAUCAAAUUGCCCUCGCCAUUUCUUUAAAAACACUCAUACACAAAUCCAGUCAAUAUAAAACUAGUAGAAAUGUCCCCCAACAAUGCAUUCAUUCUAAUAUUAAGAGUUAAAACAUUUGUUGUAUUUAAUUUAUUCCUGCACAAACUGACUUAGAGGGGGAAAUGUGCAUCCUUUGUUAUUACGGUCCAGAUGUUCUUUCAUCAAAUAUUUGCAAAUUGCAAUAGGUGAAAAAGUCUGACAUUCUAACUCUGGUUCUUGGUUUUCUUUUUCCUGUGGCCUUCAUAUUAUAUGUAGGAGUUACGCCACUUGUUCAAAGAACUGAUUAUAAUUUAAAAAAUCGUAGGAGACCAACAACUCUUUAUUGGUCAAGUGGUUAACCUUCCGAAAUAUAUUCUCCAGAUGCCUGCAGUUAAGCUCAGCCCAGGUGAGCUUCCACAUAUGUAACUUUUGGCCUAGCUGUAAAAGGUCCAAAGUCUUGGAAGUGUGAGUAUAAUUAACUCAUAUGAUCCCUAGACAAGUUACACAUUUCCGCUGGCUAUGUAUGCUCGUUAUCUACGUCAGAGUUAUUAAGGUCUGGCUAAACUUUCUGUAGAAGGACAAAUUCAAAGCCAUGCAUCAUGUGGAACAGGAGAAGAAAGGGAGCAAAGGAACUUCUUUCCUGUUUCACUCUGUCACUAUGUGAUCAAUGCUAUAUAAGGUCAUGUCUCGAAGAAAGUAGGGAACCCUGACUUUAGCCAGAAGGGGACAACUGUCAAGCUUUCUUAAUAAAGAGUGGGUGCUAAACUUUGACUUUCUUACUCUGUCCUAAUGAAACUUUUGCAUAGUAUAUUAAAUAAAUAUAUACAUAUUAUGAACACUUUUGUGGAGUUUCUAUCUAUAACAAUCAUGGUUACUGAGUAUCUGCACAUCCAUUUUUCUUUUAAAUAGACUUUCUGUAAUGAUUAAGCCUACUGCCAUUCAUAAACAGCUGUUCUCUACUGCUGCUGGCUUCUUUGAAGGCUGGGAAAAACUUGGUGUAAAUAAGAAAAAUUCCAGCUGCUUAGAACUCACUUCCAUGGGUGAGAACCCAUUGCUAUUUGAACCCUAAAGCAUAGGAGGUUGAAUAAUUUGAGGAUAUCUUUUGCUGUAGAAUUGAAUCAAAGCAGGGAUGGAACUGAUAUUUGACAGUAUGGUAAACUAGAAAGAGAGUUGUUAGCCACUCUGACAGGGGGGUAGAGCACAGCUACCACGUAAGCAUGUGGUGGUGCCUGGCAGCUAGAAAAGGGAGUUGGAGUGAGUCAGAAGACUGCUCAGAGCCCAGGGCCCCCACCCUGACUACAGAUCUUUCUGAAGGGGAGUGUAUAGGGGCAAUUCAGGGGAUUUUGAUUAGACUGUAGUGUAAACCCUCAAUUUAUGCAGGGAUUGCAUUCUGGGAAUCACACUUUUAUACACACAAAUUGUGUAUAGUCAAAGUAUCCACCCCCCCCAGAUGUCCCCACCCUUUUCGUUUUCCUUUAUUUUUGCCAAGGGCAUAAAGCUGAAUGUACACAAGUUAAAUGUGGAUAAGUUGUGGACUUACUGUACACAAUUUAUGUCUUCUGUGCUGACUGUAGAAUUAACAACUGUGUAAGAUGUAACUCUGCUGUAAUGAAACUGUAUCAUUGUGGUGGUUAUCUCAUAAUUAAUAGCUGAUCACUAUUUUGGCCAUAUUUAAUGGACUGGCUAUAGCUUAUAAAUAGCUUGGGCCAAAUGGUUUAGAUAGCCAAACAUAAACAGAAGAAUAUGCUAUUGUCAUGUGAGGACCAAACUGCAUGUUAUUGCUGGGAAAUCCACCAUCUAUUGGUCUAUAUGUGCAUACAUACAUUCAGGGCAUGUUUAUUGACUACAGCUGGGGGGGAAUGGACACACUGGUGUUUUCAUUAGGGAAACUGUGUAGAGUGCUGCAUGAGGUCUUUAGCAAAUGUAAAUUGCUGUAGAAGAGCUCAUCCUUGAGCAUACUCCUAUAGAGAAGCUCACUUUCCCAAAAUCUGCUUUAAAUUGUUAAAAACAAAUGAAAAAUGAGCCAUAGAUCCUGGAGAAUUAGAAAUAUUAAAUGAUGAAUUCAUGGGUGCUUUUGGGUUUAUUUAUUUUUUGAGACAGGGUGAAUAAAAUAUAAAUGACUCAGCUACUACUUUUUCAUUCCCUUUCUCUUCCUCCCAAUUUUUAACUUUUUCUGCCAUUUGUGAAGUGGCACAAGAUAAUUUAAAAGGCUUAGUUACCUUUCUUAAAAGAUAAAAAAAGCGAUACAACAGACAUUUCAGAAAUAAAGAGUACUUCUCUUGUGACAUUAGUACACAAUUAUCAAAAAUUAUUAAAGUACCUUCCAGAUGAAUGCCUAGCUUAUACCUUGAUUUUAACUGCUCUUGGCAGCUCUUCCAUGCGUUAUCUAGGUUGCAUGCUGUGUCUGCAUUUUUUAUUUUUAGAUUUGUUCAGAAUUCAUAUGCAAGAACACUUUAGUUCUUGGGCUAUUAAAUCAGUUUCUCCUGUAGCAGGACUUGUGUUACUUCAUAUUCAAGCAACAGCUGUAAAUAUCUGUAUUAAAUUGUAGAUUGUGUUAGUUCAAAAUGAAGACACUGCACUGAAAUAAGCUAUAAUCAGCUGACCUUGGUUGCUUGUUUUCCUGUUUCUAUCAAAAUGUUGCUGCUUUCUUGCUUUCUCUAGACUUUCCACUCCAGUGUUAUAAUUAUGACUGAAAGGCUUUCAUGGAUGAUGAAUUUUUCAUGGAAUUUGAUAUCACACAUUAAUUCCUGUUUUGAGUGUGUCCAAACAUACCUCUUUUGUUGUUUAUAACGCUUAUGUUACUAUUUAUGUCUCUGGUCUGGUCUUCUACACUAUGAACCAUGUAUUAGGACUAUGACACAGUUUGAUAAUGUGAGCAAUUGAUAUGUGUGUAAAUGUACAUCUUCCCUUCACAUUCAACUUGUUAGGGUGCAGAACCUGAGAGAGACAGUGCUGCUGAAACAUACCAGCAUUCUGUAUGGUCAACAUAUGUUGACAGUGUAGUUGCUGUUUGGUGCAAUGGAAUAGUUGUGUUUGUACUGUGCAAGAACAGAAAAGCUAGAUGUGUGCUGUCAAUGACCAUUUUGUGUUCAGUUCCCACCCAACCCUGCGUGUCGGUGGAAUGCAUAUAAGCGCACCCUGCCCCGUACCAUGCCGCCCCACCCUUUUAGUGGCAUGUUUAGUGACGUUCUCGGCUCACUUCCAGGUUUGGUGAUCAUGCCUCAUUCAAAACUUAAAUCAAAUAUAUGCAACAAGUUUGAAAUAUUUCCUCUCUCUACUAGUUACAUUAUUGUUGGGGUUCUUAUCUUGGUUAUGCUCUGGUCAUGAAUGGCAUGGUGGUUUGUCCAUAUAGCCUUAACACAUGGUGGGUGUGGGUGGGUGUGAGAGAGAAAGACAUGAAUGUGUACCAUCUGAAAAUGUGACCUUUGUAACUCCUUUUGUAUUUGUGGGCUGCAGAUAAUGGUGCCUGGAAAUGAGAAUUUUAGCGUUUGAAAUAAUCUAUUUUAAAAUAAAGAAAUGCUGCACUAAUUGUGAGGUAGUAAUGAACAUCAUCAUGUAAGGCUCCUGUAGAACUGCAAAUAUUAAUCAGGAUAUGAUCUUAAAUCUAGGAACUAGCUUUGGAAACCAACACUGACAAUCCAGAUUUCAGUAGCCAUUCGGGGGGGGGGGGUUAGGUCAGUGAGAGGCUAUGAUUUUGCUUUCAAGCUUUAAUUCCAUGGAAAAUGAUAUCUCCUCAACUUGGCUAUCUGAUUUUUCUUUCAUAUUUUCACUAUCUAUAUCCUAGCCUGGUGUAAUACUCCAUGCAGAAAAUCUACAGCAAUUAGGAUAUGAAAAAUAAAUGUGUUCUUUGAGCAAAUACUGGUAGAUAUGAUGCACAGAACCCAAAUAGUAUAACACUACUAAAUAUUAAGAGAGCUUUGAUCAGGAACCGUUUGUUUCUGUCCAUCAAUGAAAGUACAUUUUUUUACCAAGACACUGCAAACUAAGUGAGUUAUACCAUCAGUAUAACAAUGCUUACAUUUCCUGUGAGAGUAAAUAGACGUGUGGCUUGCAUGUCAUGCUAUUGUCACUUAUCUGCAAAAGAGGGAACUGCCAAUACUUUAUGUUAAGGAGUUUCAAAAGCCCUUGGAAGAUAUAAAAAGAUAAAUAGUGAACAAUUUAGCCUAUCAAUCUGUAGCCAAAGGUCAUAGACAUAAAUGGUGCCAAAAAAGGCAAAAGCCACACUGGCAGGAUUCCAGGUAACCAAUAGCUUCUGGGGUAUCUGAAAUUAGAGUGACCAUCUGUUCCAUAACCUUUCUCUAAAAGUGAAGAUUAGAAACAAAAGGGUAACUGGCAUCAAAAUAUAGGAUUUUGAGCUGGCCUUCAAUCUUCAUGGCAUGCUGCUUUCCUGAAAGAGAAGCAUUGUUAGUUCCAGCUAGCAGAGAACCUAGUUUUUUUACUGAUUAAAAUCAGUUAUAAUUGGCAUAGGUUAUACUUGCAAGUGGAUACCUGCAUACCUGCAAGCAUCUCGGCAACACUAUCAUGAAUCAAGGUAUCAGACUUGGUUUGUCAUGUUUUUGGGGGAUUGGUUUUAAAUUAUGGCUUUGCAGAUUGCCAGUUCACAAUAGUAGGGGUUGUUAUGACUUGAUCAGUGUGAAAUGCCCCCAAACCCUCUUUUCAAGUAACACAUUAGCAUACAUAACUGGCAGUCCUUGUCUCGAAAGUAUUGUGAUUUGUGAUCCUUGAAACAAAAAAGUGAACAGAAAGAACAGAACACAAGAGAUGUUAAUUUCCUAAGCAAUUUGUUAUUUAGGAAAAUGCUCUUCUACAUCCAACCAAUGUCAGUCUGAUUUUGUUUGAAUUUGAGUUUCACGAAGGACUACAAAAGUAUGUACAGUAUAAUACUUAUUAGAUGAAAACCCUCAUAAGAAAAUUGGCUAUACAGUGGUGCCUCGCAAGACGAAAUUAAUUCGUUCCGCGAGUUUUGUCGUAUUGCGAUUUUUUUCGUCUUGCGAAGCACGGUGUCGGGAAAGUUUUGGAAAAGCUUCAAAAAUCACCAAAGUCUUUAAAAACCUCAAAAAAGGCUACCACACCGCGUUCUAUGAGUUGCUCCUCGAAGUCAAUUAACGGUGUUAAGAAAAAGGAAACAAACUUGCAAGACGUUUCCGUCUUGCGAAGCAAGCCCAUAGGGAAAAUUGUCUUGCGAAGCAGCUCAAAAAACAAAAAACCCUUUCGUCUAGCGAGUUUUUUGUCUUGCGAGGCAUUCGUCUUGCGAGGUACCACUGUACUUGUGUGCUAUCCAGGGAUAUAAAUGGGAAAACUGUUUCUAGAGAGCCAUUGUGAUGGUAUAGAUAGUGUUGUACUUGGGUGGGAAGGCUUUGCUGAAAUCCUGCUUAGCCAUGGAGCUCCCUGUAUAACUCAGAGAGAGAGAGAGAGAAUGUGUUUGUCAGAGUCUUGACCAAUUUACAGGGUGGUUGUGAGAAUAGAAUAGGAUAAUCCCUAUAUUUGACUUACCGAACUCAGAAGAACAGUGGAUUAGCAUAUGUGCUGGAAAAUUAAUUAUAAUACACUGAAUCCAGAUUAGGGGAAGCUGCUUCAUUAAUUUAAAAAUAAUUGACCAAACAUUUGUAUGUUGAAUGCUUUCUGUAAAUUGCAAGAAGACACUUUUAACUGUGUUGUACAAAACUGGGAACCUGACUGUUAUUGUCACAAAUACUUGUAAAUAUUUAGGACUUCAUAUAUGGUGUAUUAAAUGCUAUUUUGUAAAAUGCUACAUCUUCCAAAUAGCUAAUCUUAAGGACAGCUUUUAGAGGAUAUACCAUAUUUUUUGCACCAUAACACUCACUUUUUUCCUCCUAAAAAGUAAGGGGAAAUGUCUGUGCGUGUUAUGGAGGGAAUGCCUAUGGGUGGCAUGCCUACGGAUUUUCCUCCUCUAAAAACUACGUGCGUGUUAUGGUCGAGUGCGUGUUAUAGAGCGAAAAAUACGGUACUCUUCUGUGUUCUUUGUACACAGCUUCACUUUCUUUUGAAAAAAAGAAAUUAAAUAGGAGGACUUAAAUUGGGUUAAAGAAGAAAGAAAUGCAUCCUGACUUCUCUGUCUAACUGAAUGUUCUUGGAGGCUGUUGAAAAGAAAUAGGAGUUCAUCCCACAUGGCCUACAUUCAUAAAGCAAAUUGGGAGUGCCAAAAAUGCCCUGAAAUUAAGCUAGGGAGUGGAGGAUUACAAUAAAAUGUUGCAGUGUAUCCCUGAUAUGUAGGUUAUCUGAGCCAGAUGCUUAGGGGGAGAGUUCUGAAAAAAAGCAAAGGUCCCUGCUCUAAUUUAGGACUUCAUGGGCACUUUCUUAGUUUUUAAAAACAUUUUGAAGUGCAACCAGACUGCAUGCAAGUCAGUGGGUCAUGGAAGGUUCUGGAUCCAAUUGGAUGCUUCAUUUAGUCAUGGAGGAGGUUUGAGGGGCAAACUGAGUAGAGUCACCUUUGACGCAAGCUGACCAGUAUGGGUGAUGUUUGGCACAUAUGUGUGAUGUUUGACUGGGAAUCCAAACCAGCCUGAGCUUUUCACAUCUGACCCACAAUAUUAGCAGUAAAGUGCACUGCAGGGUUGUUGAACUUCAGCAACGUAUUCUCAUUACUACAUUGGAAAGUGUUUAGAAUAAAAGCUUUGAGGAACAAAAGGGACUUCUUCCAACGUACUUGAAAUGGUAGGUGCUUUGUCUCAAAGUGUGUUGUGCUUUUUGCUUUAAUAUUUUAGAUGUAGAUAGUGAGCUGCUGAAGAAACCACAUGGUUAGAAAGAUGAAAGGAAGGGAAGUUUAAACUACACCAAGAUUUGCCACUUGAAACUGUUAUAAAGAGUAGAUUCACUUGCCUGCUUAGGGGAAAGUUAAGAGUUAAGAUGGAGCAAACAAUAUCAUUCAAAUAUUUCCAUAGAUAGACAGCAUAAACAGGGAGCUGUUGCAUUGUUCAAAGACGGAUGUCAAAGCUGUUUCUGUGUUUGAAAAUACUAGGGAACCAGGACUUAGCUCUUGUGCACUGGAAUUGUCUGUCACUAAAAUACUGGAUUCUUGUAUUAGCUUUGAUUAAACCCAAGAAUUGAAAUGUGGGAUGCUUGAUGCGCUAUUUGUAGUAGUGAUUUCUACAUGUAUGCUCAAACCAGGAAGUUCCCACAGCUGCCAUAAUGGGGCCCCACUUGUAUUACUGAAUGUUAUGUUAGCUGUAAUUCCUCCAUGACACAUGCAUUAUUAGAAAAUAUAAUUAUGCAGGUUGACUGAACUAUUGCUAUGGGAAGUGUAACUUUGGAGUUCCAGGCAUGUGUGAAAAAUCUCUAACAUAACAUCACUAUUAUAAUUACUUGCAUUUAGAUUAACAACUUUGCAAGGUGGCUUAAGGGCUUCAGUAGUCUGCAUAUGCUUUUUCCUGGCCUUAUAUUGCAUGUUGACACACUCAGCAUUGCAAAAUUAAAAAUCUAGCAGGCUUGACUUAUAAUAUAAAAUUUUAAAGUAGUUCAUUGAACUGGUUGUGUGUGAAUAAUUUUGUCUGGCAGCAUUAUUUUGGUAAUAGAAGCUUCUAUAUAUUCCAAGAACUUAGAAUCACAGAAGUGUAGAGUUGGAAGGGAUCCCAAAGGUCAUCUGGUCCAACUCCUUGCAAUGCAGGAAUCUCAGCUAAAGCAUCCAUGACCAUCUAGCCUCUACUUAAAAACAUCCAAGGAAGGAGAGUCCAUAGCCUCCCAAGGGAGUCUGUUCCACUGUCGAACAGCUCUCACUUUCAUAAUGUUCUUCCUGAUGUUUAGUCGGAAUCUUCUUUCUUGUAACUUAAAGCCAUUGGUUUGGGCCCUACCCUCCAGAGCAGGAGAGAACAAGCCUGCUUCGUCUUCCAUGUGGCAGCCCUUGAGAUAUUUGAAGAUGCCUAUCAUCUCUCCUCUCAGUCUCCUCCUUCCCAGGCUAACCAUACCCAAUUCCAUCAAGCAUUGCUCUUAAGGCUUAGUUUCCAGACCCUUGAUCAUCUUGGUCACCCUCUUCUGCACACGUUCCAGCUUGUCCAUAUCCUUCUUAAAUUGUGACACCCAGAACUGGACACAGUACUUCAGGUAUGGUCUGACCAAGGCAGAAGAGAGUGCUACUAUUACUUUCUUGAUCGGGAAACUAUACUUCUCUUGAUGCAGCCUAGAAUAGCAUUAGCUCUCUUUUUUUGUCGCUGCAUCAUACUCAUGUUAAGCUUGUGGUUAACCAAGACCCCUAGAUCCUUUUCACAUGUACUACUAGUAAUCCAGGUGUCUCACAUGUUACACUGGUGCAGCUGGUUAAUCUGUGCAUAAUUGUGUAACCUUACAUUUGCUCCUUUUAAAUUUAUUUUGUUUGUUUGGACCCAGUUCUCCAAUCUGUUAAUGUAAUCCUGAAUCCCAGUUCUGUAUCCUGCAGCGUUAGCUACUGUUCCCAGUUUGGUGUCAUCUGCAAAUUUGAUGAACAUCCCCUCCAUUCCUUCAUCCAAGUAGUUUAUAAAGACGUUGAACAAUAACCCCACAUGUCACUUUUUUCCAGGAUGAUGAGGCACAAUUAGUGAGCACUUGGGUUCAGUCAGUCAACCAGCUACAAAUCCACCUAACAGUUACCUUUUUCAUCCACCUAUUUAUUUAUGUUACUUAUUAAAAUAUUUAUAGACCACAGUUCCCUAAAAACCCAGCAUGCAAAAUUACAAGGACGACAAUAAAAACGUCAAUAAAAAGUGUCAAUAAAAACAUCAACUUUAUUUGGUUUCAGUCCACCAUAUUUUAUAGACUGCAUUAUAGUGUUAACAAUCUGGCUCCUCUGUUGCAAGCUGCAAGUGGCAAAGAAAUAAUGAAACCUUAUUAGUCUGCAGAAAUGUGUGUCCAAAAGAAGCUAGUGUUUGUGGCCUUUUGCAUUCUUUAAAUGUCAAAUUAUCCUUAGGCUGAAGAGGCACAAUUUCCUUCUACAGUUACUCCAGCUGUUUGUGAGUGCAGUAGUCUUAUUAAAUUAAAUUCUCUUUGAGUGUACAUAUUAUAGAAUAUCUAUUUGUAUUUACAGUUUGCAUAAAGUUUGUUUGCAAUAGAUGAUUAUACAGUGGGUUGCACUGAAUCAUUCUAAAAUAAUAAAAUGGAUGAAUAUUUUCUUUUGUCCCUGAAUAUGAACAAGCAAUGAUUGCAUACUGGAUUAAUUACCAUUUGGAUUGCAAAUGAAUAAUAGGGCUCUGAUUAAUCAAAAUUGCCAACUGACUGCUUUCAGAGACCUGCAUAUCUUCUCUAUUCUGUUUUUGCCUCUUACACAUUGUUCCUACUUAUGGCCAUCUCCAUUAAAGAUAGAUUGGGCCAGUGACUGUGAAUGAAUAGAUGACACAAGGAAGAAUAUAUGCAUAAAUGCCCAAAAUAUCAUUGGAACGAAUGUUUGCUGGAAUUACCAGACUUUGGUUGCUUGAGACUGCCUUACUCCUUACAUACGCAGUAGGUUUUUCUUUUUGGAAGUUCCUAAAACAUGAAACCCAGUCCAUUGCACAUUGGAGCAGGGCUUCAGUGUGGCUACCCCUGAUUUGCAUAACAUUGUUUCUGCUGAGAUAGGACAUGUGCCCACUAUUAGUGGUUUCCAGAAACUACACUAUAUAUAUAUUGUUUUCACAGUGUUUUCCAGCUUUAUUUAUUUAGGUGUCGGUCUUCAGUGUUUUGUAUCGUGUUAAAACCUAUUUUUGUUUUUAUUGUGUGAUUGGCACUUUAUGAAAGGCAAUUCAUAAACUAAUUAUGAAUGAAUUUAUAUUCAAGUCCAAAGGCAUUUAAAGUGAUCAGCAACCCUUUGAAUUCUGCCUGGAAAUGGACCAGUAGCAAGCACAGUUGUGAGAGCUGUUCUUUAUAACCAAGCUCAGUUUUCUGCAUUGUGGGCUAAAUUAAGUUUUCAAGAAGUCUUCACAACCCCUCCUACAUAUAACACAUUUUUGUUGUUUAAUCUGAAGGUUUUCAGGACAUGAAUGACACUAACUAGGCUAUCUCUGUCUUAGGAGGACCUCACAGCUGAUAGAAGGUGCAGCAUGUAAUAGGUGACACUUUAGCUCCCUUAAACUGCAACCUUGUUCUCCUGGGGAAGGGGAGUCCUGUCCAGAACAGGUUCAACAGCACCUCCCUGGGGAGAUUAACUUGCCACCCAAAAAUACCACGAUCUUUUCUGCAUUUAUCUUCAGUUUACUAGUGUUCAUUGCACAUCUCAUAUGCUUGAUUGAGUACCUGAACUGCCUAACCUGAAUAUGAUGAGAAGGUGUAGAGCUGAGUGUCAUCAGCAUGCCGAUAACUCUACUGCAGAUUUCCAUGCAAUCUCAGUUAGAUUUCAUGUAUGUGCUAAAGAGCACAGGAUAUGAGAUUAAACUCUGUGGAACUCCAUAGCGUAAAUGUCAUGGAUCCAAACUGUAAUCUCUCAAAUGGACCUCUGGAAUCGGCUACCCAAGGAGUCUCCUCAGUCCAGAUGCCCUAUCUAGUAGGAUACUAUGAUCAAUGGCAUCAGAUUGCCAAGUGUUCUAGGAAAAUGAUCAGGGUAGAGUGCCCACUGUCCUUCCCUUGGCAAAGUUAUUCCAUCUUGGCAACCAGGUCUGUGCUGAAACCUGAGCCUAAAACCAGGUAAUCAGUUUAUACCAAGAAUGUCUGGAGUUGCAUAGUAACUACACAUUCAAGCCCCUUUUCCAAGACUUUUGACAAAGUCCCCCAUUAUAUUAUUGUGGAGAAGCUGGUAAAAUGUGGGCUGGAUGAGAUAACUGUUAGGUGGAUUUGUAGCUGGUCGACUUACUGAACCCAAACAGUGCUCACUGAUGGUUCCUAAGAAUCCUGGAAAAAAAUGACAAGUGGAGUGCUGCACAUGGCCACAGGCUUCUGUCCUCGGCCCGUUGUUGUUCAGCCAGAUAGAGAUGUCAGCCACCAACCUGGCACCCAGAGAUCUCCAGGUCGUCCCAGUUGGAUGUGCGCUUGGAUACCCAAGCUAAAUGAAGAACCCUCCCCCUUUACGUAGCAAAUAGAACUCUCUGUACACUCAUGUGUCAUCUGUUGACAGUGUCUGCAGUUUUAAAACCCCUGUUUGUGUGUCUGGGAAUUGGUGUGGUUCCUUUUGCUUCUGCAGUUCAAGAGCAGCUUGCUGUUGCAGCCAAGGGUUCUUUCUGGUUUUGAUGUUCUUCCUGGAUCCUUAGUUUUCUUGCUGAUGGCAGAAGCAAUGCCUUCUCUACAUAUUGCAACUUGUAUUGCCUGUACUUUAAAAUUAUUAUUGGACAUUAUCAUAUUGUCCUCAGUCAAAUGCAAGUGUUUUCAGUAAACUAAAUAGGUUUUUAAAGAAGAAUUUAUUUAAAACACAUGCUUCUAUUAUUGACAUCAUAUGAUUAAUACUGCACAGAAGUUGAAUCACAUCCAUUAUAUGUGGUCUGUCUACCAACAUAAACAACAUAUGCCAGCAUAAAACAAAUCUCCCAUUAAAGAAAUAGUUAGAAUUUCCAGGUGCUCUUGGAGGAAACUGAUUUUCUAGAUCCAUUUCAUUUGGGGUUUAGGACCAGGUUUAGCACAGACGCUGCUUUGGUCAACUGGUCACCUGAUGACAUCUGUUGAGAGAAACGGGGGGAAAUGUAUCCUUGUUAAUUUUCCUCAUUAAUUCUCAACAGCUUUCAAUGCUAUCGACCAUGAUCUCCUUCUGGAGUGGCUGUCCAAGUUAGUGGUGGGUGCCACUGCUUUGCAGUGGUUCCGGUCCUACUUGUAUUAUCAAUUCCAGGGAGUGGUGCUUGGGGAGUGCUGUUAGGCCCCAUGCAGCCUUCAAUGUGCGGUUUCUCAGGGUUCGAUUUUAUCCUUCAUGCUGUUUAAUAUCUGCAUUGAACUGCUGAGUGAGGUCAUCCAGAGUCUAUGAGUACAUUAUCAGCAAAAUGCUGAAGACACACAUGUAGUUUGAAUGUGGGUGAAACGUUGCAAAUAUUAACUAAAACAGGCAAUAGCAAUUGGGCAAUAGGAACUGAACUUUACAAGUUAAAUAGAUUCAAAUCUUUUGAUGCACAAUUUACUCUUUCUCACGUUAACUGCUAAGCACAUUUGAAACUAGCUGGUAGAAGAUAAUCUGUGAUGGGGCCUUCUCAACAGUGCACUGAGGUUUGGAACUUCCAGGAAUUUUCAGUCCCUCUCCUUAGGUGGAUUUCUGACAGAGGCAAAUGCAUAGCUCUCUCAAAAUACUUUUUAUUUUCUCUGAGCCAAAAUAAUGUAUUUCCUCAGUUCCUUUGCUAGGUGCUUUUCUGCUGGGAACUUGGAUUCUUCUGUUAACAGCUAUAUAAUUUGCUGUACAUUGUUUAAAUAUAUAUGUUUAAAUGUUUGCUGCCCUGAGGAUCCUUUUGCUCCAAAUAUUUGAUUAAAAGGUAUUUUCUAUGACUGGUGUACAGUAAACCUGCAACUUACGUUCAUUUAACUUUUGCACGUUCAGCUUUAUGCACGUGGCAAUUCCCCCCCCCCAAAAAAAAAAUAAGAAAGAGGGUGGACACCUGGGAAAAAAGACUUUGACAAUUCCACCUGUCUUUGAACCCAAUAUGUUUUGGCUAUACGUGAUUUUUGCUUUAGGCGUGAUCCCUGGAACAUAAUUCCCACAUACUUUGUGGGUUUACUAUACUUCUGUUCCUUUUAAUUUUAAAGCUGUGUGAGCACAGCCCAUGUCUAUUUAUUAAAUACUAAAAGUUUUGCUCAUGUGGCUAUUUUCUGUCUUCCCCUUUGUUAAGAAUCUGGAACUAUUUAUCUGACUAGUUCAUCUGAAUGAGUAUUUUUACUUAGCGCAUAGUGAAUAAAACACAAUUAAACAGCAUGGCUCUUUUAAACUGACACAAAAUAUUAUGGGGAUGAAGCUGCUUUUUAAUUUUUUUUACUAUAGAUCCAUUAAAUACUUGCAUGGUACAGCUUACAAGACAAAGUUGCUUACUUGUCUAGGUUUUGUUUAAAAACUUCCUCAACAGGUGUAUGUAUCUAAAUAUAGAAAUCCUAUAGAAAUAUAGAAAGAAAAUAUAGAAAUAUAGAAAUCCUAUGAAAGACCAUGGACCCACCGACUAAGUCAGCCAGGAGCUGCAUCUGAUCCGAAGUGUAGUAGCCAGAGCCAAAAGUGGGUAGUGGUAACAGGAUUGCUUCCUUUCUGCCCCCCUUCCUCUCACUAGUCAGGAGAUGGCAGUCAGGAUAGCUGCAAGGCUCCUCCCUCCCUUUACUACAUGGACUAAGUGAAAACCACGCUUUAGGAAAAAGCAUCACUGAACAUACUAUUGCUUGCUCUAACAGUAUGGUGUCAGCAAGGAACAGCAAAUUAGGUGAAGUUUGGCUUGCACUUGCUCCUGUUUCCAAAACAUUUUUUCCCCAGAUGCCACCCAAUUUGCUUUCCCAUUUUUCUGUUCCUUUUCUGCCCAUUCCUUUCACCUUCAGUGCUCCCAUCAGGCCUCUGCCAGCAAGCAGCCAGUUUGUCCCCCAGUGAUAUCCAUCCCUUGGUCCACAAUAUAAUUUUCCUAUCUUUUCUCCCACCCAUUCCACCCUUCACUGCUUCCCUGCUUAGCUCCCCCAGGCAACCAGUCAGCUUGCCCCUUCAGGCUUGGCCACUCCCUUACUGCAGCCUGUUCUUUGGCCCACAGCAUAAUUUUCAUGCCCAAACUGCUCGUUUCCUUUCUUUCCUUCUUGUUUAUUCCUCUCUUCCUCAGAGUACACAUAUAGGAACCUGGGCAUGGCAGACAAGAAGGGGCAGAGCCAGCCGAGUGGGCCACAUCCCAGCUAAAAGCUUUGUCUCCUGCAAAUAGGGACAAGACUAGAUAGGAUUUUCUAUUUAAGUCAAUUGCAUCAGGUCUGGGCUUUGCCUGGGUUCAAUUGCUUACCUAUCUAUUAUGUGGUUAAUUCUUAAUUCCGGAAUUAAGAUUGCUGGAAGAAAUAUCAACCUCAGAUAUGCAGAUGACACAACUUUGAUGGCAGAAAGUGAGGAGGAAUUUAAAAACCUCUUAAUGAGGGUGAAAGAGGAUAGUGCAAAAUAUGGUCUGAAGCUCAACAUCAAAAAAACUAAGAUCAUGGCCACUGGUCCCAUCACAUCCUGGUAAAUAGAAGGGGAAGUAAUGGAGGCUGUGACAGAUUUUCCAGGCAAAUAGAAGGGGAAGAAAUGGAGGCAGUGACAGAUUUUACCUUCUUGGACUCCAUGAUCACUGCAGAUGGUGACAGCAGGCACAAAAUUCAAAGACGCCUGCUUCUUGGGAGAAAAGUGAUGACAAACCUAGACAGCAUCUUAAAAAGCAGAGACAUCACCUUGCUAACAAAAAUCCGUAUAGUUAAACCUAUGGUUUUCCCUGUAGUGAUGUAUGGAAGUGAGAGCUGGACCAUAGAAAAGGCUGAUUGCCGAAGAAUUGAUGCUUUUGAAUUGUGGUGCUGGAGGAGACUCUUGAGAGUCCCAUGGACUGCAAGAAGAUCAAACCUAUCCAUUCUUAAGAAAAUCAGCCCUGAGUGCUCACUGGAAGGACAGAUCAUGAAGCUGAGGCUCCAAUACUUUGGCCACCUCAUGAGAAGAGAAGACUCCCUGGAAAAGACCCUGAUGCUGGGAAAUAUUGAGGGCACAAGGAGAAGGGGAUGACAGAGGACGAGAUGGUUGGACAGUGUUCUUGAAACUACCAACAUGAAUUUGACGAAACUCUGGAAGGCAGUGGAAGACAGGGGUGCCUGGCGUGCUCUGGUCCAUGGGGUCAUGAAGAGUCGAACAUGACUAAACGACUGAACAGUAACAACAACUAUUAUUAUGUGCUUGGCGCUUUAUUUAUUUAACAUAACUCCGUUUUGCAACAAGAUCGUAGACAAAUGUGAAUAACAUGAAAGAUGUUACAUUGCCAAAUGAAACUUAAAGACCUUGAAGCUGUGUUCUCACUUGUAUCCAGUAGUGAUGUUGCUUUCUGUCUGCUGCCUUUGUUUUGGUUCUGAAGUUCAGAUAUUCAGAAAUUGACCGCUUGCAUACUUGGAUGAACAUGCAAUUUGAAUCUGAGCAUUUUGAAUCUGCAACAUUGAAGGUCAUUCUUGGUUUCAGAUAGACAAGCUGUAAAAAUAAUUUUUAUUAUCUAUAUCUGAGAGAGAACUCUUUUCAGCCGGUAAUUCCCACCUCCAUUUAAAUAACUGUUAUAUUUUGUGUAAACAAGAGCAGAUUGGAUUUACUGUCACAUGAGAAGAAGCUAGUUUCUGUUGGCAUUUUUUUAGAGAGGGAGAGAGAGAGAGAGAGAGAGAGAGAACAAGUAAAGAUUGUGAAGCUUUCACUGCUAGAGUACAUUGUUAAUAAAUGCUUGUCCAAGUACUUUUUUAUAUCGGCUGAGAAGUCAACAGUGGACAUGAGAACACACGGAAGAAUGUGGUUGAGUCUUUGGCUGCCUUAGUAUCCUUUUUGCAAAGGAUUUUCAUGGUGCAGUAUAUCAGAUCUCAUAGAAAUACAGCUGUAAUUUUAUUUUAGUUUGCAGUGGAAGAAUAUCUAGCAUAUUCUUUCUAGUUAUAUUGAUGGUAAUCCUAAUAUUUCAGCAAUUCUUCCCCCAAUAGUAAAAUGUGUCUAUUAUCUGUAGAUGCACUGAGUACCCAGGUCAAGGAAGGAAUGGAUUCCUUUAUAUAUUAGGAUGAGAGAUACAGGGAAAUAUUUUUUUUUUUAAAGAUUCCAGAAGCAAAUUUUGUGGAUAUGAUUUUCUUUUUGAGCCUUCAGCCUGAAAAGAAUCAAGUGGCGUAAAGGGGAUGCAGAGGAAAGAGGAGGAAGUUAUGUUGUAGCCAGUGUUAGAAAAUCUAGGAACCAAAUGGCUCCUGGGACCUGGGGGUUGCGGGCACCAAAACAGAAUAUCUAGUCGCUAUUUGGGGUGGGGGUGUCGGCAACACUUUUAUUAUUUUCAUAAGCAUGAACUAAUACACAAUUCACAUAAGUGACACAUUGUUAAUAUCACAUUUUAAACAGAAAUUGUUAAUGCAUGUUUAAUUUGGUGCUUACAAUAAAAAUAUUGGUACCAUACUUCAGUUUUCAAAACACUCUACUCUUUAUUGUUAAACUCCUUAGCAUAUUGUCUAUCCUUAACAUAUACUUUGAGGCUUCAAAGUACAUACAUUUCAGUAAUCCUUGAGUGUCAGCCAGGUGCAAAAAAAGGGCACCCAGACUUUUUGAGCUGCUCGCAAAUAGAGAAUCUUCAGGUGCAAAAUGUGCCUGGCUUCCUGCUAAUUUUGAACCCCAGUUGCAGCACCUGUGAACCAAUAUGUAACAUUUGUUUAUCUCGGACAGGUGUGGAUAUUGAUGCUGUCUCAAUACCAUUGCUUUCAAUGGGAUGUUCCUUUGGAUGCACAUCCAGAAUGUGGAUGAGGAUUUGCAUCCACAUUCUGGAGGCAUUCUAGAUGCACAUCCCACUGAAAGCAGUGCCGCUGUCAUAGGAGACAUCCAUACUCAGGUGCAUAUUUGAAUGCACAUCUGUUUCCCCCCUCCAGUUACUGAUCUAGCCAUAUAUAUAUAUAUAUAUAUAUAUAUAUAUAUAUAUGGGGAAUCCAGCUUCCAUACCUAUAUCUCCUUAGUAUAAAGUAAAUGGUGAAGAUGGAGAAUGAAAAGAAGGACAAUGUCUUUGUCCUUCUUUCCCCUCUGAUUAAUAGUGUGUAUGCAUCUAUCCAUCUAUCUAAUAUCUAUAUAUAAAGGGCACACAUGGAGUUGGGGCGGAAUGUAACAGAAGGUUCAAGCAAAUACAGAAUCAUUCUUGAACUUUUUGGGUGGUCGGGGAACUUUGCAGCAUUUAAUAUUUUAAUAUAUAUUGCUGUACCCCAACUGGUUGCUCACAGUUAAAAAUGGCAAGCUGUUUUGUGUCCCAGAGUUGUGAAACAGUAACAAGAAUGUCGCUCAUGAUUUGCUUUUGCCAUUUAGUAAGGUGUGUGUGUUUGUUCAUGUAUAAACUAAAAUUUGUAUAUAAAUGGGUAGGUGCAUUUGAGGCUGUUUUUUGUGCAAUCAUUAAUCUCAAGACUACAGAGCAUCAGUGAUGAUCGAUGCUGACAAUGAUUGCUGCUGUGGUUGAUUAUGGGGUUUUUAAACUUCAACUGAUGUAGUCUAUACAAACAGUGACUUUCAUCAUGACUAUGGUAGUUUAUAAUAUGGACAAACAUGGAAUAUAAAUUGAUUCUAUAUUUGGCAGAGGAGCAGCUGAUACUUAAGUACAUUAACUAGUUCAUUUUAAGUAGUUUAUACUUUUUGAGUGGCAAGAGAAUUCUAUUUUCAGAUGUGCAGGAAGAUUGUUAUUAGCUUAGGAGUGGGUUUAAUUAGAGUCACCGUUUUUAAUCAUGGUCUUGUUGCUUCUGUUAAUCUUACCCACCCACCAUCCUAAAGUCCCGGGGCAGGUUACAGCAAUUAAAGCAGAGUGUUAAAACAGUUUAAAAUAACUUAAAAUCACAUGCACAAUUCAUGUCAAAGGUUGUUCAGAAACUUCCUGUGAUUGCAGCCCCAUGUCUUAAGAACCAUGUGUUUAUUAUCAGGCUAUGGUAGGUCAGUAGCUUGAGGGAAUUUUUUUUUUUUUAAGGCCUGCUAAAACAGCUUUUCUUUCAUGCUUGAUGUUUUGUAUUUGGAGUAGAUGCAUUCCAAAUAACGGGGUAGCAGAAUGCCUGCAUUAGUUUAAGAGGUUUUCAUCUGUUGCUGAAAUCAACCGUUUAGCAAUUACAGGGGGAGUAAAAUAUGGUGGUUCAAGGGUUAAGCAUGCCACUGUGUUUAUUGACAAUCACAUUUAUGGCCUCUGCUUUUUCUUUACUGUAGUCGUGACAUGGAGAAUAAAGAAACCCUCAGGGGGCUGCAGAAAAUGGAUGACCGCCCAGAAGAGCGCAUGAUCAGGGAGAAACUCAAGGCAACAUGUAUGCCUGCUUGGAAGCAUGAAUGGCUUGAAAGGAGGAGUAGGAGAGGCCCUGUGGUAAGUAAUGCUCCAGAAAAAGGCACUGGCGUUUAUGCUUUUAAAAAGCCUGAUUGCUGAUUCUUGCACCGCAGAACCUUAGUGUUAACAUCUGGGUAUCUCUUGUCUUGUAAUUCCUCUUGAUUAAUUUCUGUGAAUUGCUGAUUGCGAAGCUUUAAAUUCCUAACAAUGUACAAGUCUACUGCAUAUUGUGGAAGUCAACUCCAACUUACAUUUGUAUUGCUCAAAAUAACUACAACACUGCCCUCUAUCGUUAGCAUUUUAAAUUUACUCUCUUGGAGGGGAAAAAACACAUACUCAUAUUCAUAGCCAGCAAGCGUAAAAAAUAAGGAUCUGGCAAAGGUGGCGGAACUAUUUUUUAAAAAUAUUUUGUAUACUAACAUCCUGGUCACGCAGUACACAAUGAGAAGAGCAAAGGUGAGGCCUUACCAGCAAGUUUUAUAAUGUGCAGAAAGGAAUAGGAAAGUGGGCUGUGCAGUGGAAGAAGAGAGAUACCCACCACUUUUAACAGACAUUCCACAAAAAUAUGAUUUGAUAAAUAUGGCAGUUAUAUAAAGAACUGUUUUAUUAGUAAACAGUCAAGAAGGGUUUGGACUUACAUUUCUCAUACUGCAAGUCACCCCUAACUAUAUGGCAAACUUCUUUUCCAAAACUGUGUGAUAUCACUUUGCACGCAGUUGCAAAAGAAAAGCUUUUUCAAGCUUUGAGGCACUUUGGAGUCCUUAAAAAAAAAAAAGUUGUUUGUUUACCCAGUAGUGAAGGUUACAGUAUACUUCUUUCCAGGUAUUCAGACCUUGGUUACCAAGACUACCAAUCCCCCAUAUUGGAUCUGGCAGGUUUUCAUUUUGCCAGGUGAACAUCAUCUGCCUGGAGCACACGUUCUUUUGACUUGAAAUAGAAUCUCAUAAGCACUGAGAAUAAACUAACAGGUUUUGGUGUGAAUCCAGUAAAUAUUUGUAUACCCAGAACUUCACUGUGAAUCUUUUCUUUUCUUUUAAGAAGACCUUUAGGUAACCAUAAAUCACUUCAUAUCUUUCUUGAAAAGGUAGUAAAACCAAUACCGAUAAAAGGUGAUGGCUGUGAAGCAAACAAAGCAGCAACGGAGCCUGUUUCUGAGGGACAAACAAGUGCUACUUCACCUACUCAGAAGGGGAGGCGGAGCCCUUCUCCUAGCAGUUCCUCUUCAUCCUCAUCUAGGGCGGUUAAAUCGGAAUCACCAGGUGUAAGAAGGAAAAGGUUAUCUCCUGUGCCUGUAAGUUAAAAGCUCUUAUGCAUGGGUUGGCAAACUAAGGCCCAGGGGCCGAAUCCGGCCCAAUUGCCUUCUGGAUCCGGCCUGUGGAUGGUCCGGGACUUGUUGCGUGGAUCUGAUUCUGAUCAUUCGGGCUGCUCCAUUCCCCACACACUGCGGCGGCGCCUCCUCCCUCCCUCCUCCUGGCUUCUCCCCGCCCUGCCUAAAGGAGGAAGGGGGCUGGGCUUUGUUGGUGCCAGCCCCUCUCCGGAGCCCUUUUGCGCGCCGCUCAUCAUCCUGCUGCCGCUCACAAGACACAGGAGCCGUGGUUGGCUGAGCGCCCCUCUCAAGCGGCCAUUUAAAGCAGCCCCUCUCCAGAGCCCUUUUGCAUGCUGCUCAUCGUCCCUCAUUCUUCCCCCCCCCAAAAAAAAUUAUAGUCCGGCCCCCCACAAGGUCUGAGGGACAGUGGACCGGCCCCCUGCUGAAAAAAAUUGCCAACCCCUUCUCUUAUGUGACAGGGUAUAGCCUAUUGCCAUGAUAUUUCAAGUAUAUCUACUCCUGUCUAUCCAUUUUGGUAAGCAGGGGAGAUCCUGCUUGCAGGUCUUGGCACCAGCUUAGGUUCAGUUGGCAGCAACUACAUAGAUGCUGGGAUUUCCUAUCCAAGAAGCUCAGGCUUCAUCCCUGAUACUGUAGUGCAUUAUUGAAGUCCAUUUUGUUCCAGCAGAUUUUGGAGCAAUGGAUGUUUUGAUCUGACUCCUUUAGUUACAUUUCUGUGUCAUUGACUGUUUUACCUGCUAUCUUGUGUCUAUUGCUGCUACUACAUUUAAUAUUCUUUUAAAAAGAAACUUAAUGUAAGCCUCUACAGGUGUCUUCAUUCUGAACAUAAAGGGGAUGGCAUGGGUUUAAAAAGUAGUAGCCAUAAUUUGAAUAACGUCUGAGAAUACUAGCAUAGAAAUUUUUAUUUUCUGCAAUUGUUUGGAAGUGAUGGUAUCAUUUCUGUACUAUCAAAAUAUGGUGGGUAACUAGUAGAUCACAAGUUCUUCCUUUACAACUUAACAGAUAUAACAGACACAGUGGGCAAUGUAAAACAUUUCUAUAUUGGGAGAGUGGAGGUUGAAUUCCUUUGGCAAUGUUAUUGGAAGCUAAUUGAAAUAAAUUGGUUAUAAGUUUCAGAGUGGACGAAUAACACCACCACGAAGAGCUCCAUCUCCAGAUGGCUUCUCACCAUAUAGUCCUGAGGAAACAAAUCGGCGGGUCAACAAGGUCAUGAGGGCCAGAUUGUACCUCUUACAGCAGAUAGGACCGAAUUCUUUCUUGAUAGGAGGAGACAGUCCAGACAAUAAAUAUAGGGUAUUCAUUGGGCCUCAGGUAUGAAUUGCAUAGACCCAGUUUUAUUUUUAAUUAUAAAGUACACUAAUUUGAGAAGAUUAGAAGUUUGAGAAGAAGUUGUAAUUACUAUUGUAUGUUCAAUAGCACACUGUAGUACUGUUUUCUAGUGUGUGUUAAUUUCUACCUGUAAUGAGUAAGCAUUAGAAGAAACACCAGCUAAGCAUAAAUAGUUGUAUUCACUUCAGGUUGGUUAUAUCUGAGAACAACAUAGAUUGUUUGCUCUGCCAUAAAUCAUCCAUCAGCCCAUGGAAGGAUAGCUGUCAGAAAUAAACCAUGCUUGUAACAGAUUUGUUUUUCUAAACAGAUUUGUAUUUUCUAAAUACAGAAGUAUAAUCCUAAUAACUCCUUAUUUAAUAUAGUAACUUGUGUCUUUUGAAAGAAAACAGUCAUAAUAAGCACACAAAAAUCUUUGUUUACAGACCUGCAGCUGUGGGCGUGGAACAUUUUGCAUUCAUCUCCUAUUUGUUAUGCUCCGUGUGUUUCAACUUGAAUCUUCAGAUCCAAUGCUCUGGCGAAAAACCUUGAAGAACUUUGAGGUAGUGUUAUCCUGUCUCUUCUAUCAUGGAUAUACAAUGGUUGCUGCAAAUACAUUAAACUGCUAAAAUUUACUAUUCAGAAAUCACACUGUAGUGCUGUUUAAGUUUUGCUAGAGUUACUAUGUUUCUGAAAUCUCUGUUAAUAGCCAACGAUACUACAGUAACAUCAAAUAAGUUGUUUACUAAAAAAUUCUCCACCAAUAGCCCUCUAAUAGCUGGAGGUUAGUGCUUGCUUAAUAGAGUGGCCUACUAGGAGUGGGAAGUGGAAUACCAUGUUCCUUCUCCACAGCCCUUUCCUUCUUACCUUAACUUCAUCAGUAAUGAUAUUUAACAAUUCUUAACAUGGUUUCUUGAUUUAGCUGAUGUCAGUUGUGAUGCAUCUUGCAACCAUGGUGGACAGCGAUUGCAGAGUUUCUUAAACAUCAAUCACAUGUGCUCCACCCUAAAAGUGGAGGCAUGAAAAUAAAGCCCGUAAAAUCAGGAACACACUUCAAGAGAAUAGGACAUCAAUAUCUUCCCCGCAAUUUCUUCUGUUCCUUCUCUGCUUCUACUUAGCAAUGUAGAUAGAUGCAGAAGCGCUGUUAGCUAGUGUUAAAUUGCAAGACUUUGCUGGUUAUGAAAGUGCAUCCACUAAGGAUCUGGUCAAAAUUCAGGAUCUAUGUCCACAUGUCUUAAAUGAAGUGGUUUUAAUUUUUUAAUGUGAGGUGUGAUUUUAAUUGUUUAUAAGAUGGAUCCAACCAAUCCCCUCUUGGUGGUGGAGUAGGAAAACUUUUUUUUGUUCUGAUAUUACUGUGAUUUCAAUUGCAAUUAAAACUUUAUUUCAAAUUGGACAUCAGCUUCCAGGAAUUAACAGCAUAAUAGCUACUGUUAAUGUUUUCUUCUAAUGUUAGGUUGAAAGUUUGUUCCAGAAAUAUCACAGUAGGCGUAGCUCAAGGAUCAAAGCCCCAUCUCGUAACACCAUCCAGAAGUUUGUCUCACGCAUGUCAAAUUCUCAUACAUUGUCAUCAUCUAGUACGUCUACAUCUAGUUCAGAAAACAGGUUAGUAAUUCUUCUAAAGAAAAUAAGUAGUGUUCUUCGAAAUCUUCCCCUUUUCACAGGGAAAGUGUUGCUUUAAUUUGUCACAUGAAUUUUAUACAAUUCCAAAAGGGUAGCUGUGUUAGUCUGUUGCAACAAAACCAUUGCAAAAGACUCCUUGUUCUUUAUAUAGCGUGAUCUAAGUUACAAAAGUUCUGGUAUUUAUUGUUUGAAUGUUUGGGAACAAUAUUUUUUGUGUUGGCUAGCCAAGUCUGCCAGAAAGCACAUUUUGAAAUGGAAGUUUGUUGCCCUUUAGUUGCAAUAUUAUUUUUUGUUAAGAGCCUAGUAUAUAUUAGGUGCUUUAUGAAUGCACCAGUGACUUCUGAAGCCUAGUGGGAUCUUGAAGAGGAUCUUUCACCUUUGGAAAAAGAAACUUCAUUUUAAAAUUGUGUGUAGCAUCAGAAUAAUUAAUUGGACAAGGGAUUAUCAACUUGUGGAAUGAAUCUGGUUUUACCUGGCCCCAGUAACCUUACCAGAUUUUAAUCAAGCUACAAGCUAGAAAUUUACUCUCAGGAGAAAAGAGAAUAUUUAGAAGUUCUUUGAAAUCAAACUUUGGAUCUAAAGAAGCACAAACUGAACUCUGUUCAUGGUGCAUUCCCCUCCCCCUCACCGUAGUCCAUUACAGUCCUCAGAAGAUGCUCCCAAUGCUCGUGAGAACCUCCAGAACUGCAAGGGAUGUGGCACAGUGCAAGGGGACACUGGAAAUGGAGGACACCUUGCACAAGUAGAAUUGCCUUUCCAUUCAUGCUAGGAAUUCACAUCUAAUACUGUGCCAAAACACAUGCCCUCUGUUACUGAGAAUUCUUUGCUCCUUCAUAGCAAAGCCUUUAUUUUUUGUGCCUAACCUUUCAUUUUGGAAACGUCUUCUUAAACAAUGGGAAUUUACAUUUUGCUUUUUUUGGUAUGAGAACAUCUCCAGCUUAAAUAUGAAAAGUAUAUAUUCACCCCUUAACUUGGGUGCUAGGCUUUUGUGGCUACUGUCCCCUCCCCACUCACCAUCACUGUACAUGACACUUCACUGAGUACCAUUAGUUUUUAAAAAAAGCAAAUUCCUGCCCCCAAGAUCUUAAUGCAAACUGGAAACAGGGAAGUAGCUUCAGUUGGGGAUGAGGAGCAAGGGGCUAAAACAUAGAUCCUAUCAGAAGUGUUGGGUUUGAAAGAAUCAAGAGAUGUUUGCCCUGGAAAGGGUAGCUGUUUUAUGUAGAAAUCACAAAGUGAUUUUGUGUGUGAGUGAUUCAUCUAAUGCAGGGGUGUGGAAAUCUGAGGCUCUCCAUUUGACCCCUGGGACUUUACCCUGGUUACAUCAGCUGUGCUUUGCACCUUCCUUGAGUGUUUUUACUUUGGUGGAAUGUUACCUUGAAUUCGAAUAAUGCUUCCUGCUGGCAUAAAUGGAGGACAGAGCAAGGUCUACAAGUGUGUGUAAAAGUUAGCCUACUGUACACAAGGAACACUUACAUAAAUUGGUCUGCUCACUUUUGCCUCUGAUCCUGCCUUCCAUUGACAUGUAGCCUCCAGAAGGGAAUGCAGUCCCUGGGAUGAAAAAGUUUCCCCAUUCCUAUUUUAGUAAAUCUGGCAAUAGUAGAAAUAUUUACUGCGGAUGAUGAAAUGCAGUGAAUUUUCUAAAUAUAUGAGGAGUGGGAAGCAUCCAGCUCCCUGGCCAGAUGUGGCCUAAAAUGUCAUAAAUUUGACCCCAAACCAUGGCACCUUUCCCCUGUGGAACUCUUUACUGUGCAGCCAGUCUCAUUGCAGAAAGCCCCUUUGCCAGCAUAGAGCUGGCAAGGCUCCUUGUGCUACAUUUCCCAACCACCUGACAACUGGUUGGCUGUGGAGUGCUUGGAAAGCUCUGUGCAAGAGACUCCGGCUGGUGCUUAGGACAAUCCAUCCUGUCAAAUCAUCUGUCCCCAACUUUGCAUUGGGUAGAUUAGCUCUGAAAACUGCAGGGUUUUGCACGCACGGUUUGAAAAAUGCUUCAGACAUUUUCUAAAACAAAAUUUAAGUUGGACCAUGGGAUGGGGACAUAUAAGAUAUAACAAUCUGGCCAAUUGGGCCAAAGAGGUUCCCCACCUUUGGCAUACAUAUAUCAAGUUUCUUUUUGGCCAUAUGUGUAUGUAGUAACUAAAGUAAAGUUAACCUCUCUUCCUGGUCUUACUAGGUCCAUAGUACUUGGGCUUGAAAUGCAACUAGGCUUGGUAAAUUACUCAGCUGCAAAUCUUUUCUCAACUGUUCGGUCACCUUGGUGUAUAUCAAGAGCGGCUAGCCUGUGGCCCACCAGAUUUUGCUAAAUUACCACCGCCAUCAUCUCUGUUAGUUGAUGGGAGUAGUGGUGCAGCAAUCUCUGGUGGGCUACAAGUUAGCCUCCCCUGGUGCAUACAUUGGGUAGUUCUUUAGAAAAUAUGUUCUGUAGAAUUCUGUUCUUACAUUUUGACAACUUGUUAUCAGUAUUAUUUUGAAAGUAGUGUCAUAGAGUAUACAUACUGUUUUUAAGUUAUACGUGUUAUUUGUUACCUCGGAUGAUUAUGUACCCAUAAAAAUCCACAGAAAACUAUACAACCUCCAUUUGUGCCAGUCAUUUGGAGAGCAAUAUUCUUUAUUGAUAAAUCAUGUUCUGCUUAUCAGUCAUGAGCUGAAAUUUUAUUCCUCCAUGUAGUGCCCAGAUUUUGAGCUUUUCGUAACAGAUGGCUUAUAGAGAAAACAAAUUCUGUGUACAUCAGAAAUAUAAUAGGCAUAUUUCCAUUAUCAUUUUGCUUAUCUAGAUAGUUCUUAAAAGGUUUGAGACUGUUGAACUGGACAUAAAGGAAUUUAUUCCAUAUUUAGUUUUUCUAGGAAUAUCUGACUUAAGUGUUGGGUGACUUCAAUAUUGGCACUGACCAAAUUGUAAGUUUCCCUUGUUUCAUUUUAAAAAACAAGAGACCUGAAUUAGCCACUAAUUCAGUCUUAACAUGGCACCAGUUCUUAUUACCAUAGAACCAUAGCAAGUGCUUUCCGGUAGCUUCUUCACACGCCACUUCAUUAACUUCUAGAUGGGAAAACAAUGUCAUUUGCCCCACUUGUGUAGUUAUUCCAUCUAGAUAUUGCCAGAGUACUGUGGGAAGAAACCACAGGAAUGCCAUUCUGGCACCACUACAGUAGCCUAAGUGUGGAAUUAAUAGGUUUUGUUUAUUUGUUUGUUCAUUGGCAAAACUUUCUAUACCAGCAACAUUUUUUAAAAGAAAAAAUGGCUUUGACCAACAUAAUACACAAUAAAAUCACAUUGAUAAAAAAUACAGGAAUACAUGAAAAGAAAUCAGUAGAUUAAUAUAGUAUAUGAUCAUAGCUGGAUCACCCCCAGGGAAAAAGCAUGGGUAAACAGGUAAGUUUUAAGUAGGUGCCAGUACUAUAAGAGCCUGCCUGAUGAUAAUUGAAGGUACAUUCUAAAGGGCAAGUGCCACAACACUAAAAGCCCUGAGCUGUAAGAUGAACCUGUUUCUGAGAUCAAAGCUAUUAAUAUCCAGAGCCUCUUUACCAACAUUUCCUACAGAAUGAUGUAUCUGUUCUAGGACUUGCUAUAUAACCACAGGUAAUAGUUUUCAUUUUGAUACACUGCAAAGUAUGGCUUCAAGAUAGAGAUUCGCCCAUGGAAGGCUUUAGGCAAAAGGUGACUUUCCUGCCACCCCUCCCCCCAGCAGUCCCCCACCCUCCCUGAAAAUCUUAUCCUAAGGGUCACCAGGCCAGGCUGAAUGGAGCGGGUUGUGUAGGAGAUUGAGGGGAAAGAGGGAGAUGAUGGGAAGUUAUGCUGAGGCACUGAGGUUCUUCCAACCAGUCUUUCCAUGACCCCCACUUCCUCCAAAUCCCCCAGACCACACACACCCUUGAUUCAGCAAACUCUCAUGAUAAUUGUGGCUGCAUGUUGGGGCAACUGCUGUAGGAGAGGAAGGGGACACUUUCUGUCCACCCAUUUUUGCUGGCUGCAGUUUGUUGACUUUUCCAUGUUACUGUUGUAACAUACAGUUACUAUUGUAACAUACAUUACUGAAGAGUAAUAUAUAAAACAAUACGUCAUGCACAAUGUAGAGGCAAUUUUGAUCAGUUACCUGUGUGGUAAAUGUAAUAUGUGAGCAAGCACUGGAAUUUACUGUAAACAGUCGCACUGAAAGGUCAACUAGUCACUUGCAGCAUGAUAGAAUGCACCCCAAUAAAUAUAUAUUGGGACCAUUUUUUGCCCUGGAAAGAGGUAUAAUAAUGUAAAUUAAAAUAUUUACUCCUUAAAUAUUGGUACAUGUUCUUUUAAAAAUAGUAUCAAGGAUGAAGAAGAACAGAUGUGCCCCAUUUGUUUGCUAGGCAUGUUGGAUGAAGAGAGCUUGACUGUCUGCGAAGAUGGCUGCAGAAAUAAACUUCACCACCACUGCAUGUCAAUAUGUAAGUCGCUUGUGAAAGUAAAUAUAUGCCUGCAUCACAGAUGUCAGUACUUCUACUUCAAAUAAUGAAUAUCAAAAGGGACAUUUGAUAUUAAGGAAUGAGAGUAUGCAUAAACUGGGAUGUUAGAGGAGGAAUCUAAGUGAAGUACUUUUCCUCAUAUAAAUGUGAGGUAGUAUUCCUCGGAGUUUUAAGUAUAAAGGAUGAUAAAAAGGUAAAGGUACCCCUGACAGUUAAGUCCAGUCGCAGACGACUCUGGGGUUGCGGCGCUCUUCUUGCUCUAUAGGCUGAGGGGGCCGACGUUUGUCCACAGACAGCUUCCGGGUCAUGUGGCCAGUAUGACUAGGCUGCUUCUGGCAAACCAGAGCAGCGCACGGAAACGCCAUUUACCUUCCCGCCGGAGCAGUACCUAUUUAUCUACUUGCACUUUGACGUGCUUUCAAAGUGCUAGGUGGGCAGGAGCUGGGACUGAACAAUGGGAACUCACCCCGUCGCAGGGAUUCGAACCACUGACUUUCUGAUCAGCAAGCCCUAGGCUCAGUGGUUUAGACCACAGCGCCACCCGCGUCCCUAUAUAAAGGAUGAUAGAGAAAUGCAUCUUGAUAGCUUUUGUGUCUUGAAAAAACCUCCCUUACUAUGAAUGAAAGAGAAGAAAAUAAUUAUAAAUAAGAAAAUUAGUAACCUGUAGUUUUAACUGAGCUGAUCAAUCAGUUUCAAAGAACUGAGCAAUAUUGUGAUAUUAGCCCAGAAACUUAUAAAAUGUCUAAAAUCCAGAAGUAAUAGGUCUUUAGUUUCUUGUCUCAGCCAUAGGGUUGAAGGUAUAUAUAUAUAUUUUUUUAAGUGGACAGGUAUAUAGAGCUGGUAUAAUUCACACAAUACAUUAAACAUGUAGAAAAAGGGGCAAAUGCCACAUUUGCUACAGAACUGAAUAUACAGUUUUCCAUAUGACUAGUUUUCCAUAGACUUGUAAGUUCUGUAGAUAUUUCCAAAAACUCAAUAGCUUUAUAUUUUCUAAAAUGUCAUUAUCAUGCUAACGUCAGUAUUAUUUCUUUUUUAGGGGCAGAGGAGUGUAGAAGAAACAGAGAGCCUCUUAUAUGUCCUCUUUGUAGAUCUAAGUGGAGAUCUCAUGAUUUCUAUAGGUAAGGAUGUUUUGUACUUGGAUAUACUAGAUCUUCCAUUGAUGAGUAUAAAUAUUAAAAUAUCUGCAAGCUUGCAAACAUCUACUUAUGGAAACCAUUCCCCCCCCUUACAGCCAUGAGUUGCCAAGCCCUGUAGAAUCUCCUUCUGUUCUUCGUGUUGUCCAGCAGCAAACUCAGCAGCCUACAGCCAUCUCACCAAGAAGGAGUCAAGAUAGUAAUUUUAACCUUACUCAUUAUGGGGUCCAGCAAAUCCCUUCUGCCUAUAAAGACUUAGCUGAGCCAUGGAUACAGGUAUACUAAAUUUCUAAAGGAAACAUUAAUUAAGCUAUUUUUGUGUUUCUUGAUUCCAUUUUAUGACAAAUAGCACAAACAGGAUUGCACUGCUACUGGUUAAGUUGUGUUACAUUCCCUGCACACUUGUAUGUGAAGGAGUCAGGUUUGCAUUCUGUGAUAGGAGAGGACUUUUUCGGUGUUAGUUCCCUGACUUUGAAAAAAGAUUACCAUAUUUAUUGUGUGCAUAUUGAUGUACACCAGCUUGAUAUUUUAUGAGAUGGUGGUAUAUGAAUGCUUCCAAACAAAAAUAAACAGAAAUGAAUGGAGAAGUUAUCUGACACUUCAUUACAUCUCCCUUGUUUUGCAGCUGCUCUGAUGGUAGCAGCCUUGAAGAAUGCAACACGCUCUUCCCUGUGCUACCCCAAAUUCAGAUGGGAUUGCAUUUUUCAGUAUGAGUACUUGAGAUCAUCAUACAUGUACUUUUAAGUGUUUUCAUGUCUGUCUUUUAGGUAUUUGGAAUGGAAUUAGUUGGCUGCUUGUUUUCUCGAAACUGGAAUGUACGUGAGAUGGCCCUUAGACGUCUCUCCCAUGAUGUUAGUGGUGCUCUAUUAUUGGCUAACGGUGAAAGCACUGGAAAUUCUGGAAGCAGUGGUGGAAGCACCACAAGUGCUGGAACUCUAGGAGCAGCUAUUGGGUCAUCACAAACCAGUAUCUCAGGAGAUGUGGAGUCCUGCUGUAGUGUCCUUUCCAUGGUGUGUGCCGAUCCCGUCUACAAAGUCUACGUUGCUGCUUUAGUAAGUAGCUUCUUUACGAAUAUUGAAAUUUCAAGAUCAUUGUUACAGUUUAGAGAUGGAAACCACUAUUUAUGCUGUUGCCAAAGAUGUAGAAUUUGUGAUGACAGCAGAACGACUCCCAAAUUGUUGGUUUUUUGGUAUGCUCAAAAGAAACUAAUGGCCAUGGUCCCAUUUACUAUAAUUAUAGCUACCCAUUUCAUACAUUCACUGGAAUUUAGAGCUUGACUAGCACAAACAACUUCUGUCUGUGUUUUCUUUCCUCCUGUGUUUUUUAAAGGGAGGUAAAUCAUGUAAACAGUUUCCUGGUACAAACCUGUAUAUGCAUGGAAUUUUUUGAUUCUCACAGGAGCUUAUGUGCAUGGUGAAAGGAAGGAGCUUAAGCUGCUCCAUCACAUCUGCUCCCAGCAAAUGUAUGAACUGGGGCUUAUUUAGGGAAGAAUUCAACACAGCACUAUGGCAAUUGUUCCAUCCGUGCAAGUAUUUCAGCUUGCCAGAUGGAACGAUUCCAUCCAAUAUCUGAAGUGUCUUGUGGCAUUAGUACAGCUUAUUAUUAUUAUUAUUAGAAUUUAUAUACCGCCCUAUACAUGGAGGUCUCAGGGCGGUUCACAGAAAAGAUCAACAUAAAAAACCACAAUAUAUAUAUAAUCAAAAUAAAAACAACAACCCGUUAUUGAGACCCAUUGCCAAAUGGUUCCGUUGAAAGGCCAGGGUGUGAAUGUUCAAAUGAAAUCGAUGCAUGGAUAUCUAUGCUUCGGCAUGCAUGGAGAAAUACAUAUUUGAAAAAUACAGUUUCUCAAAUUGGAACACCCAGUGCAGAUUACUGAAGCCUCCAUUCUAGGUUUCAUAUACAAGUGUAAGAGAAAAGCUAUUUCGCCCAGUUUACUUCUAGUAAUAUUCAGUUUUUGGUUAAGCCAGUAGGAAGCAGAUCACAAAAAAAAAUUCUAGAAAGCCCAGAGUAACAAGAGUCUGGCUUUCAGCAGAGGUGAUAGGUUGCUUCUGCUAAAUAGAGCUUAUCAGUUUUCUUUGGAAUAUCAUCAAAAAGGACUUUAUAUUAUGAGGAAGAUGCAUAGUGUGCUCAUCCUUUAUUAUCUGUUUCUUUCCGGCCUAUCACACUGGACUGCAUUCUUUAUACUGUACUAAAUAAAACACGUAAAGCAGAGUCUCUGGCAUCUGGAAGGCUAAUAAAUUUGUAGGAAAACAUGGAUUUGUUUUGCUUUCUUACAAAAUUUGCCUCUUGUCUACAAAAUUGUAUCCUGCAAUUGAUUACUGUGUUGCAGCAAAGUUUAGAGUGCAUUUUUGUAUCCAUUGACUAAUUCUUGUUAUUCUUUUAGAACAUAUGAAGUGCCUGUAUAAGGUUUUUUGUGUGUUUUUUUGCUUUUUAAAACACUCCCUCCCUGCUUUUUCUAGAAAACAUUAAGAGCCAUGCUGGUAUAUACACCCUGUCAUAGUCUGGCAGAGAGGGCAAAAUUGCAACAACUUCUGAAGCCAGUUGUGGAAACUAUAUUGGUGAAAUGCGCAGAUGCUAACAGGUAUAGUGUUUGGUCUAUUCAAACUUUUUACAAAUCUGUAUUUUAAACAACUUCAUAAAAGAUUAAGGAAAAUUCAUGUAAAAACAAAUUUUUGGCUGUUUGUUGAUUUAUGGUCUGUAUUUGAAGUUAUUUUGGCCUGGAACAUAAAAUUGGUUAUACCGUAAAAAAUACUCACCAGCAACUCUUUGAAUAUUAUCUAGGUAUUAUUAUAGCUGGAAAAUGUUACUCUUAAAUUGAUACAUUGGAUUUCAUUUUUCCAUAACAAUUUUCUGGAAAGUGUAAAUGCUCAGAUUUUUCAAAAAAUUAGGAUACAGUGGUACCUCGCAAGACGAAUGCCUCGCAAGAUGGAAAACUCGCAAGACGAAAGGGUUUUCCGUUUUUGAGUUGCUUCGCAAGACGAUUUUCCCUAUGGGCUUGCUUCGCAAGACGGAAACGUCUUGCAAGUUUGUUUCCUUUUUCUUAAAACCGUUAAUACAGUUGCGACUUGACUUCGAGGAGCAACUCAUAGCACGCAGUGUGCGUCUCCGUAGGGGCAAGAACGCGUGAAGGCGGGUUCUGCGGGAGAGGGAGCUUUGUGUCGGCGAAAAUAGCAAGGCGCGCACACUUCCUCCCCACAACUCCCAGUUAGGGAGGCCAGGCUCCGGGGCUCUUCGGACGGGGCUCCUUCCUUCUCCCCCCCCCCCAGCGCCCCGGCGGUGACAAGAGCGCCUGCCCGGGCCCUCCGGCGCUCGCCCUGCGAGGGGCACCCCCUACCUGCAUCUCCGCGCUUUCCAACCCCGCGACGUCGACGGCUGCGGCCUCGUGUUCUCCUCGCCCCGCUCGAGUUAGUCCCGGCGCAGCGCAGGCAGCAGGUAAGUCGCCCUUUGGCAGCGCGGAAGGCGCCGGGCCAGGCAAGGUCAGCUCGGGAGCCACCGGGGACACGCACCCGCGCUCCUCUCCAACGGGCUGGAUGCACCCCUCUCCGCUCGCGCGCUUCUGGCUGGCUGGCCGGCUGCAGCAGCAACAGGGGCAAUAGGCAUCCACCGUCGCCGACGCUCCCUCCCUCCCUCCUGCCCGCGGCGGGCGGCUGGCUGGCUGGCGCUCCGCUCUUUCGGGCUGCUGCUGCAGAAGGGAUUUUGCACCAGACAACUUUUAGGCCGGUAGGAGUUUUGACUACCGCGGCGACAGCAGCAGCAGCAGCAAGACGGCGCCGACUGUAGUGCAAAGGGUCGGAGCAAGGCGAGCCGAACCGAUCCCAGGGGCUCAGGCAGCAACCUCCGCCCCGCCUCCCCCCCACGCCCGCCUCUCUCUCCCUCCCAAGCACCCCCCUUUUUUGAGGUUUUUGAAGACUUUGCUGAUUUUUGAAGCUUUUCCAAAACUUUCCCGACACCGUGCUUCGCAAGACGAAAAAAAUCGCAAGACGAAAAAACUCACGGAACGAAUUAAUUUCGUCUUGCGAGGCACCACUGUAUAAUUUUCUUGUCAUAGUUGGUUGUGUGCAUUAUCAGAUGUGUCAUAAUGUUGCACAGUGGAUGCACAGCACAUCAUAAAAGAUCUGUGUACUGUCCCACAUAUGGGUCAGCGCAUGUACAGGCAAAAUCUAUUCUCUUAUCUUUCCAACUUCUAAAGUACUCAGAGAGAGUGUGUGUCUGGGCUCUCUUGGAUAACAGGUUGCCUUUCAAUUGUUUUUUCCCUCUGUGGGUCUAAGCGACCAUCAGAUGCUCACCAAAUAACUGAGUUCUUAAUAAGCCAGCAGUGAGCACUAGCUGCCUUGAAAUGGUUGGUUUUGCCUAAGUCAGAGCAGUUUGUUAAGAAAGCAAAAAAGUGACUUAGCAUACAAACUAGAUCACAUAGUACUACAGAAAUAAGUCCUACAGAAACUUCAAGAAAUGAAUUCCAAAACUGAUGCCCUAGACCAGUGAUGGCCAAACUUGACCCUCCAGCUGUUUUGGGACUACAACUCCCAUCAUCCCUAGCUAACAGGACCAGAGGUCAGGGAUGAUGGGAACUGUAGUCCCAAAACAGCUGGAGGGCCAAGUUUGACCAUCACUGAUCUAGACCAAAAAUCUGUCAGCAUGGACAAAGGGAAACCUCUGGCAUCUAGAGCACCAGUUUUGGAAGUUGAAGGUGAUAGAGCCAACAGAAACUUGAGACAGCCCCACUAAAGUAUCCAUUUAAUCGAUUACCAGACCUUCAGUAUUGAGGGUAUGCAUCAGAACUCGCACAGCUAGCUGAGGGAAAGCUGGACAGUUUAGACUGCGUUUAAACAGAUGCCACCUUAAACCAAGGAUGAAUAAAUAGCCUUAAUCCCAGAUUUGGGGUGGCACUGCCAUCCAACCAAUCCAUGGGAGAACAGUGGGGAAUCCUUACUUUGGUGUCACCUGUUGAAGAACAACCUUGUUUUACUUUCUUAAAAGUAUAUAUUAAUGGAAGCAUGUUGAAAUGAGUAUUUAUGAAUUAUGAAAACUGCUCCUAAUUUUGACCAUGCUGUUUUCAGAAAUAUCAUUGACAAAGAUCUUACAUGAUUGGUUCUCUGCCUGUUGUAAAAAUAAAACAAAAACAUAGAGCUAUACAUACAGAAUUCAUGUGAUAAAGACAUUGUUUUUUGUUUUUUUACUUUUUAUAGCCGCACAAGCCAACUUUCAGUUUCAACACUCCUUGAGAUGUGCAAGGGCCAAGCUGGAGAACUGGCAGUUGGUAGAGAAAUACUUAACUCUGGUAAAACUUCACUGUAUACUUAUUUGUAUAGUAACAUCAGUAUACCUAGUGCUUUACAGAGUAUCAUAAGGGGGGAAAAAUGCUUGCCUCUUCCUUUACUCAGUGAGCUUCUUGGGGCAAUAGUAACUAUGGAUGAAUGUGAGCAAACACUGUCACACAUACUUUAUACAGUUGUUCAUAAGGGCUGAAAAAUUAACCAAAGUCUUCCUACCGUAGAUAAGGAGCUUUGAGAUGAAAUUUGAAGUGGCAGUGGAGAAAAUCUAAAAAAAUUCUAAUAAUAACAACAUAUGAUCAGUUGUUCGAAAGAAAACUAAAUUCCAGCAUGGUGGAGUCCAAUACUUAAUUAAGUUGGAAAUUUAAAAACAAUCUUAUGUACUAGCAGUCGCCAGACCACCAUUAAUUAAGCCCAUUUGAUUGUGGAGCUUAUUUCUCCCCACCACCAAAGGGUUCAUCAAAUGAACACAAGAUCUUUUUAUUUUGAUGCUGCAUCUUCAUGGUUUUGUGAGCAUCCCACUCAAAUCAUCUUGAUGGCCAUUGAUCUGCAUAAAGUACCUACUGUGUACUAGGCCAUACACUAAAAGCAAUAACAAACCCCACUUCACAUGUUUGCAUUCUAAAUUAAAAGCAAAACCAAAAGAGAUGAGAAAAGAGAAGGUGUAAAGUUGUAAAUAAAAUAAAAUAAAAUAGGUACAACAGGGAAAUUAAAAUAAAAGAGAGAGUAAGUGAAGAUAAAUUGAAGAUCAAAGUGGAAAAGCAAGGGAAUUUUGGGGGGAUGGUGGAGAGAUUAAGCCAGCUCAGUUUCUAAAGGAAGAAUUCCUACACAUUGUUUCAUUAGAAGAGAGGGUACAAGCAUUAACUUAUAUUAGAGAGGUGUAACAAAUAAAUUGAUCUUGGGUGAAAAGUACAGUAGAAAAAUAAGGAACUAGAAGACUGUAUAAUAAUUUCAUGAUUUUGAAUCUAAUACAAAGAAUGGCUAAUCAUUGGAGAGAAUGAAAUAGUAGUGUGAUGUUGCUAAAACAUUGGUUGAAAUACAGUAGACAAGCAGGCAAAUUCAGAGCAGAAGAGGUUUAAAAUUGAGAAACUGGAAGACCAAGGAUAAAGACAUCACAGUAAAUGUGUUGGAUUGUGGACCUAGGGUUAUAUGUAAGUUAUACUUUGAAUAGACCCAUUUAAAGGAAUGGACCCAAGUUCAUCAUUACUAAACUUCAUUUAAUAGAAGUAAACUUCAAUAUUUCAUUACUAAAAUAUUGAUUCUGUGGCACCUGAAUUGGCAGAAUUUGAGAGCUACUUGAACAUGGUGGUGAAUGCAAAAUAGUACUUUCCAGUCUUCAAUGAAUGCAUAUAGACAGAACUGUGAAUAUGCUUGUAAUGAUUUUUGUAACCUUUAAAACAUUCAUGUGACAUGUGAGCUUGUGCUGUGAACUUCAAACAGAUGGGAUGGAAAUGUGAAUGAAGGACAAGCCUUUCCAAUGUCAUUUAUUUUGGGAACUUUGCUUACAGCAUUAAAAAGGGGGGGAACUGGUUCUUCUAAUAUGGAUUCACUUUAGUGGCAAGCAAAAGCAUUCAGCACUGGUGAAAUUCAUGAGUAGUCCGAAAAAUUGUAACAGGUUGUAACACCCCCCAAAAGUGACUUGGCUGAAAAGGGGAAGAGCUUCACAUAACUUCACAUAAAACAAUAUAUUUUGGUGAUAUAUCUUUAAUUCUGUUUAAUUAUUUUUCUUUUGUAGGGUCCAUUGGCAUUGGUGGUAUUGAUUUUGUCUUAAAUUGCAUCCUUGGAACACAGCCUGAACCAAACAAUUGGCAAGCACUGCUUGGGCGCCUUUGUCUUAUAGAUAGACUGCUGUUGGAGUUUCCUGGUGAAUUUUAUCCCCACAUUGUCAGUGGGGAUAUUUUACAGGCAGACACUGUCGUAGACAGGUACUACAUUAGAAAAUAUUGAUUUUAGGAAAUAAUUUUUUUACAUAAACACUUUUUGUUAACUAUACCAUAGUUGACUUGCUGCUUUAAAUGCUUGGUACACUUUAUUUUAUUUUAUUUUUGCUGCAGAGACAUUAACUGUGUUUUGUCUUUACUUUUAGGUACAAAAAGCUGCUGUCACUGUUGAACUUUGCUCUGCAGUCAAUUGACAACUCCCACUCAAUGGUUGGCAAAUUGUCACGGAGGGUAUUUUUAAGUGCUGCCAGAAUGGUUGCAAGAGUACCGCACGUGUUUCUUAAACUGUUAGAAAUGUUGAGUAUGACGAGCUCAACACAUUACACAAGGAUGCGCCGGCGGUUGAUGGCUAUAGCAGAUGAAAUGGAAAUUGCAGAAGCCAUCCAGCUAGGUAUGGAGGAGAUGCAUUCCGGCGAAUGCAGGCGCGAAUUUGCACAGCCACCAGUUCCUGAUAACUCUCCAGAGUCCACAGAGAGCAAUACUCCAAAUAACACGAUUCAGUUAUCAGGGAAAAGUGGGAAAGGUGUGGGUGACAAAAAACCAAGUGCCAGUCCAGAGGACAUUUCUGACAUGGUGGCUGGUAUGUCUCUGGGACUUUCUGUUUCUUCAGGAACAAUGGAGCAACCAAAACCAGCCGUUCAAACAAAAGGCAGACCCCAUGGUCAGUGCUUGAACUCUUCUCUCUCAUCCUGUCAUUCCCAAUCUGUAUUCCCAACUUUGUCGUCCCCCACUACGCCAUCCGUACCCGCGGGCGCUGAUGUUUCUAAACUCAGACCUCAGGGAUUUGUUCCCUGCAAAAUGCCCUCUGCUUCUCCUCAGACGCAACGGAAGCUUUCUCUCCAGAUUCAAAGAAACUGUGCUGAACAUAAAGAAUCAGAAAAACUGUCUCCUGUCUUUACACAGGCCCGGCCUUUGCCAUUCAGUCAUAUACACCGGCCAAAGCCAUCUCGACCUACUCCAUGUGAAAUGAACAAGCAGGGGGAAGCCUCCAAAAACAGCAUGACGCUUAAUUUAAAUGAUAUAUCACAGUGUGAUAGCAAUAGUAGUAGCAAUAAUAGUGCAGUCAUACCAAGUGAAGAGACUGUUUUCACCCCUGUGGAAGAGAAACGUAGCCAGCUGGAUAUUAAUACAGAACUCAAUUCCAGUAUGGAGGACUUACUUGAGGCUUCGAUGCCAGCGAGUGAUGGAACAGUCACGUUCAAAUCUGAAGUGGCGGUUCUGUCUCCUGAGCGCGCGGAAAACGACAACACAUACAAAGAUGAUGUGAACCAUAAUCAGAAAUGCAAGGAAAAGAUGGAAGCUGAAGAAGAGGAAGCUUUAGCUAUUGCCAUGGCAAUGUCAGCAUCUCAGGAUGCCCUUCCAGUAGUUCCUCAAUUGCAGGUUGAAAAUGGUGAAGAUAUCAUAAUCAUUCAGCAGGAUGUGAGUACACUGGCUUUUGUAUUUUCUUAGUCUACCUGUAUUUACUGUUGCACAAUGCAUUUCUUGCAUUUGAUUUGGAAAACCAAAGGAAAAACAGUUUUGCCCUUUAAGACACAGUGGGUUGCUUCCAAACCAUGCCAUUCAUCCGAAGGGGGAGGGAAGCCAUUUUCAGCCAUUGCCCGCUGAACCUGCUCCAGAAGCUGGGGGCUCUCUCAACCAGAUCUGCGGGGGGGGGGGGGGAGGAGCUGAAAAUUACUUCCUUUCCCAUUCCACUGUCAAAAGCUUUGCCAUCAGCUGAGCAACACUUUUGAAAUGAAACCGUAAUGGUUCAAGGAAAACUCAACCGUAUUUUGGUGGCUAUGCAUGUCACUUUUUCCUUCAGCCAAUUUACCGGGGGGGGGGGGAGGAAUGAGCUUCCUUUGGACUUCGACUAUAACUGGCUUCUGUGUCCUGUCCAUACCAAGCUCUAAGGCACGUCACUUCAUUAGUUUAUAUAUUAGAACUGGGGAAAAUAGGUAUAGGGAAUAGCAUGUUGUUUGCAUGUGGUGGGUAGGGUUUACUGAUACCAUCAAGCCUAAAUGAAUGUUGGGGGAGGGGUUGUAGUAACUGAAUUAUCGCUUAGAGCUGAAAGAAGAAAUUAGGGUAGCAAUGAAAGGAAGAGUGCUCUUUGAGCUCAAAUUGAUCAUGCAUGGAAUCACAACUGAAUAUACAAAAUGCAAAAUAGAAGUAGGACUGAAAUCUGUCUGGUGGGCAUUAUCUUGCCCAGGGGUGAAAUACAGGCACGCCAGGCCUUGAGGUCUGCAUUCCUACUCCCUUUGCACUCUGUGGAAUUAGGUUGCUUUAAGACAGGAAUUCAGUAUUUACUCUGUGCUAAUUUGGUUAUCUCUGUGUGGAUACUGUCACUUCCAUGGUUUAGUCAUUAGAUUUAGGUGACACUUGGAGUUGAGAAGAUUUCUUUUUCUGUUCUGUUCUUUUUGGUGAGGGGCAAUAAAGUUAAUUGUCUUGCUUCCCAACUGGCGUGUCCUCUAGCCUUCCACAAUAGCCUCCACCAGUCAGCAAGGUACAAAUGUUUUAUCAAGGGAACCCCCCUGUGAUGUAUACCAAACACUACAAUUGUUGAAGAAAUAAAAGACAAACAUACAUAUAAUAGCAAUUCUAAACUGUACAGAGAUCAUCUACUUGCUGGUACACAGUUUGCAAUUUUAUUCAUUAUCUGCUACUGGGAGAGUAUUGUUUCUUCAGUGGUUCUCUAGCGGUUUCUUAGACUAUCCUACCCUCUCCAUUUGUUUUUGUGUGUUACUUUUUUGUCUUUGCAGUAAGAAAUAUCUCAUGGUGAUAUUUCCAAAUGUAAGACUUUAUUAAGCAAGUAGUUCGAUAGUGAAACAUUAGGACUGGUUAAUUUUUAGAAUUUGAACAAAACCCUAUAUACAGGUACUGUAUAAACUUGGAUACAAUCGUUGUGUUUUGAAAUUAUUAGGAUGUGUGUCUUUUUUUUUUUUAAUUAUCCUUUUCUUGGAUAACAUUGGGUGUUAAUGGGUUCAUAGACAGCUAUUUGUUUAAUCUGCAGACACCAGAGACGCUGCCUGGGCAUACCAAAGCAAAGCACCAUUACAGGGAAGAUAUAGAAUGGCUUAAAGGUCAACAAAUUGGCCUUGGUGCCUUUUCUUCAUGUUAUCAAGCUCAGGAUGUUGGAACUGGGACGUUAAUGGCAGUGAAACAGGUAAAUGUUCCUCUGUUGUAAUGUGAAAGUUUUGUCAGCAUUAACUUAAUAUUCGGAAAAGAAAAUCAAGGUAGUGCAGAGGUCUAGAAAGAUUUGUCCUCAGUUAUGUUAGUUCUGAAAAUUUUGACACUGGUUUCUUUUACACAUAUUCUGCCCAACUUAAUGCCUUAAGAUAGGGAAGGACUUGGACUAUUGGAGGAAGUGAUAAUGAAAACUGCUUUUAUUCUAGGCAGCUCCACACACUAAGUCCCCCCCCCUUGCAUGGGGAGAAUCUUUAGGAAGGUAGGAAACAUACAUGUUCAGCAAGAGUGUUUAUCUUUCUUACUGCACUUCCCGUGUCAUAGUUUAUACAUUUCUCCAAAAUCCAUUUUUCUCCGCAUGUGAAGUGGCUGCCUGCGGUUGCUUAAGGGAAAGAAGAAAGCAAGAGAACAAAAACAGAAGUUUUAUAUAGUGGGUAGAAUCAGAUAGCCUGUCCUAUGUUGAACCUCUUUCUUGAAGGUGCUCAACAUGGUUUGCAGCUUCAGUUACAACAAUGUCAAUACGAUCCUCUAUUGUUGAAGCAAAAUUUGACCUGGCUUUGUGUGAUGCAGGUGACAUAUGUCAGGAAUACAUCAUCUGAGCAGGAAGAGGUGGUAGAAGCUCUGCGGGAAGAGAUAAGAAUGAUGGGUCAUCUAAAUCACCCUAAUAUAAUUCGAAUGAUGGGUGCUACGUGUGAGAAGAGCAAUUACAAUCUCUUUAUAGAAUGGAUGGCAGGUAAGUGUGCUCCCAAACUGCAUUCAUCUCUUUCCACCUGCCUCUAGAUUUCUAAGUCCGUCCCUUUUGCCAUCUCUCUAAAUUGAAAUUAACUUUACCCAAAUUGUGGGGUGUAAAUGAUACAAUACUAUGUUUCGUGUACGUGCCACUCUUUCUGAUAAAGGAAAUUCUAAACUACUACGACCCCAAAAGUAAAUUCAGAAAGUUGAGCUUAAAACUAUUUCACUUGUCUGCAUUGGUAUACCCAAUUUUGAAACUAUUUCAAUGGCAGUAAAAUCCAGAUUGUUUUCAUGAGCAGUGUACUAAUGACUAAAAUGUUAACUCUCAUCUUCCAGGGGGAUCUGUUGCUCAUUUGUUAAGUAAAUAUGGAGCCUUCAAAGAUUCUGUGAUUGCGAACUACACAGAACAGUUGCUUCGUGGCCUUGCUUACCUUCAUGAGAAUCAGAUAAUUCACAGAGAUGUCAAAGGUAAGAACAGUGCUACUAUAGUUAUUAUAACCUGUAAUUGCUUAUUUAUUAAAUUUGUAUACCACCCUGCAGUUCACAGCAUAAAAAUGCAUAAUACAUAAUAAUAAUAAUAAUAAUAAUAAUAAUAAUAAUCUAGAGUAAUAAUUUAUUUCUUAUACCCUGCCCAUCUGACUGGGUUGCCCCAGCCACUCUGAGCAGCUUCCAACAAAAUAUAAAGAGACAGAAAACAGGAACAGAAACAAAACAAACCAAUACCUCACUAACAACAAGGAAACAGGAUGUUACUCAGCCAAUGGAGGGGAACAUUUUCACCUGAUGCCUAAAGGCAUAUAAUGAAGGCAUCAGGCAAGCCUCCCUGGGGAGAGCAUUCCUCAAACAGGGAACCACCGCAGAAAAGACCUCUUCUUGUGUUGCCACCCUCCUGACCUCUCAUGGGAGAGGCACAUGAAGAACGAUGAUCGCAGGUCUGGGUUGAUGGCAUCGAAAGCCACUGAGCAGUUGAGGAGAAUUAAAGAGGACACAUUUUCCCUGUCCUGACAGAGGUCAUCAUACAGGGUGACCAAAGCAGUUUCUGUGUGCAAAUGGGCCUAAACCCUGAUUGAAAUGGAAAACUGAUCUAGAAAAUCAGUUUCCUCCAAGAGCACCUGAAGACAGAAGGAUACCAUGGCUGAUAGUACCAAAAGCCACUGAGAGGCUAAGGAGAAUUAACAAGGACACAUUCAUCCUGUCUCUCUCCUGACAUAAGUCUUCAUGCAGGGUAACCAAAGCAGUUUCUGUGCCAAAGUGGGUGUAAACCCCAAUAGAAAUGGAAAACUGAUCUAGAAAAUCAGUUUCCUUCAAGAGCGCCAAGACUUCUGUUACCUUUGGAUUUUGCACUUCUCCAGAUUUUGUGAUGCAGUUCUCAACUCUCAAAAACCAUACCUUAAUUAUUAAAAAGCACUUUUAAAGAUACAGUAUUGUAAGAUAUAUAAAUUUCUGUCCAGAUUUUCCUGUUAAAAAUCCAGAGAUUAAUGCAACAACAAGCUAGAAUAGAUUUAUGAUUGAACACAUGUCAUGCUAACGUGUCUAGUUGGGGGAAUGGGUACAUGAAGGGUUUUAUUUUUAAAAAAUUGUAUUUGGGGGUUCCUGUACUCAUUUAGGUUCUUCAAGCAUAAGAUUUGCCUUUAUAUUCUUUGUGUUCUGAAAACAUUAAACAUCAAUAGAAGAAAUGGUGGUGAUAUAGUUUACUCAGUGGUUUUUGUUCUCACGUAUGUCUAAACUGUUUGCAAGCAGGAUAAAAAUGUAUUUUGGUGAGCACCCUACCUCACACCCAAAAGUAACUUGCUACAGCAGUAUUGCAAGACCUUCUGUUGAUAAAUAUUGCUCCUGUUUCUCUUCCAAUAGAAAAAAACAGAGUUUGGUUUACAGGGGCAGAAAUCUUUCAGGUGUUUUUUCAAUAUUUGGUGGGAGAAAGUCACUUUUAGAGAAAGGUUGCAGUUUUUGGUUAUAUGGCAUUGUCUAAUUUUGAAUGGAGGCUUUUUGUGUACACUGAAGGAAAUUACCCAAAUCUCUGGUAUUCUGAUUGAUAGUAAUUUUUGUUUCUACCAUGUGUGUGCACCCAAGCCUGUCUGUCUCCCUCACAGAAACCCACCCACAGCAGCAACUAAAUUAAUUUCUUAUUACGUUCACAGGUGCCAACUUGUUAAUUGACAGCACAGGCCAUAGGUUAAGAAUUGCGGAUUUUGGAGCUGCAGCUAGGUUGGCAUCUAAAGGAACUGGCGCUGGAGAGUUUCAAGGACAGUUGUUGGGGACCAUUGCAUUUAUGGCACCCGAGGUAAGAAUUCAGUGGGGCAACUUUGGGAGAAGAUUACCUGCUUGAUUAUUAUCUUAAGACGGAAGAGGGGAACCUGUGGCCCUCCCAAAUGUUGAACUCGCUGCUCUGGCUGGCAUGUUCAAUACUCCGCAUCACUGGCCUACAUGCUUGCUCAGCUGCAAUACCUAAAGAGGCAUCCUGUGCAAUGCAGACAAGAGAAAGCAGUGUAGUUUUGCCCUACUUGCCUUUUGAAAGAUUAUACAUUCCCUUGUUCCACUACUUGGAUUGGCAAACAUGUGACUAUAACAACAACUAUGGUUAUUCGAAUCAAGCCAACUUGAUCAAGGUUGCCUGCACCAAACCAUGCCAUGCUAUCUCUGUGUCUGACACCAUCUUAUUUUGAACCUCUUGAGUAGGACAAGAUCUCUGAAGGUAGUGAGUUUAAACUAAGAAAAGAGUUUGCUGCCAGCAGCAACCCCAGAAACACUCCAGCCCACAUCCCCUUUCCCCUCCCCCUUGAACAAGAAUGUAGCAAAUUUGAGCCAAUGGUCUGAAAUAUGGAAAAUUGUUCCUUGGGUCUGUAUCUAAUCACUGCUCUUAAGUUAUUGCUCUUUGUCACUGUAUCUAGUUACAUUUCUGCUUGGAUGGUGUGCAGAACAGGUUAGAUUAGGUUCGAUUACUGCAAAACAUGGGGCUGCCUCUGAAGAUGGUUUGGAAACUUUGCUGGUGCAGAAUUCAGCGGCCAGGUUGCUCACCAGGGCAAGGCGAUUUAAGUAUAUAGCACCAAUCAUGACCUAGCUGCACUGGCUGCCAAUUAGUUCCCAAGCCCAAAUCAAAGUGCUGGUUUUGACCUAUAAAGCCUUAAACAGCUCAGGACUGCAAUAUCUCAAGGACCACCUCUUCCCAUAUCAACUGACCCAGACCCUGUGAUCGAGGGUUGGCAACACGAGAAUGAGCCUUUUCUGUGGUGGCUCCAUGCUUGUAGAAUGCUCUCCUCAGGGCCUGGUGCCUUUGCUACGUAUCUUCAGGCACCAGGCAAAAACAUUCUUCUUCUCCCAGACCUUUGACCAGGCAUAGGCAAAGUCUGCCCUCCAGAUGUUUUGGGACUACAGUUCCCAUAAUCCCUGACCACUGGUCCUGUUAGCUAGGGAUGAUGGGAGUUGUAGUCCCAAAACAUCUGGAGGGCCAAGUUUGCCUAUGCCUGCCUUUGACUAAUUAAAAAUUUAUGGCCUUUUACACUGUGUGUGUGCAAUUGUGUUUUUUUGCUGUUGUUAUUGUAUGUAUUUUGUUUUUAUAUUGUAAACCUCCCUUUGCUCCUUGGAUGAAGAGCAGUAUAGAAUUCAAAUAAAUAAGUUGUCAGUCCUGCCAUUACCUCACACAGAGGUGUCUGCUGAAACUCUCAUUUUGUUAACCAUGGAUGAUUCUUAAAAUACUUUCUAUACUGCUGCUAGAAGAUUUAUAGAAAUUAAAUUUGUCUUUCUUCUUCUUCAGGUGUUAAGAGGCCAGCAGUAUGGUAGGAGCUGUGAUGUGUGGAGCAUUGGUUGUGCCAUUAUAGAAAUGGCUUGUGCUAAACCCCCCUGGAACGCAGAGAAACAUUCCAAUCAUCUUGCUUUGAUAUUUAAGGUAAGGCAAUAAGUAAGAGAAUUAUCUACAAAGCCUGUAGGUGGGAGCAAUUCCACUGGGAACUUAUACCAUACAGACAACAUUGAAACGAAUUUAGAGCCGCCAAAAAUGCUUUUUAAAGUUCUUUUAAAAGGACAGUGUAUUCUAUUUUGAAAAUAUCCUAGUCUGAAAAGUACCCACAGUUCUCUAAUAUGUGCAUCUUAUGAAAUUUGCCCUAAUUGAGAAUAUCAUAUAAGUACAGUAUAUUCAUUAGCAUGGUCCUGCCAAAGGAAUGUAUUGAGAGCACAUUUUUGAGGAUUCUGUUUUUCAUAGGUUUAGGACUGGGUUUUAUUACCGUACUUAGAGUUGCAAAGACAGUGAUUGGGACUUCAGCAAGAACUUACUAAAAACCCUGCUGUACAUGUUCUACCCAGUGAUCCUAUUGCUGUCAUCCAUAUCUGAAUAGUACCAUACGCUGUUCAAUAGCAACUUCAUUCUUUGGAAAGACCAUUCAUUGAAAUGAUGUACAAGGAUGAAGAAGCUAGAUAGACAGGAAACAGUGUUAUAGAAAUUAAAGAAGAAAAUUUAGAGAUUUGAGUAAAGUCUUCAGGGGCAGUGAAUAUUGGCAGAACUCUUAAAUGUAAGCUAGGUGAACUACAGAUGUAAAUCUUGUUUAUGCUAGUUGUUUACAUCAGUUGGUUUAGUGUUACUGCACAACUAUACCAAUUUGAAAAGGCAAAUGCCCUGAUUGAACAAGACAACUCUUUUUUUCUAGGAAUCCUGCAGAUCAGAUAUUGUAACAAAUUCUAGGCUAAGCUGCACACUUUUUUAUUUUAUUUUUUUCUUCUUCUGCCACCGUUAUGUUUUGAUAUUGUGUCUGUGUGCAAUAAGAUAGUAAGCAGUUACAAAACACACACACACACAUUUGGGGGAAUAACCCCAAUCCUAAAGUUCUAUGGGUGGGAAAUACAAAAUGUGCAAAAGAUAAAGACAAAUACAUGUUAAGCAGUGCUAACCAGACUGCAUGCAAUGUAAGCAAGAUGUCCUGCAGUUCAGAGUCUUGCAGAGGUUUUGCUCUAGUCUGCAUCCAGGGGUAUCCUACGAGAAGGAGUCUGGAACAUAACCUGUGUUUGCUCUUCUGAUUGUAGAUUGCCAGUGCAACCACAGCUCCAUCAAUCCCACCACAUCUCUCUCCAGGCUUAAGGGAUGUGGCGCUUCGGUGUUUGGAGCUUCAACCUCAGGACAGACCCCCAGCAAGGGAGUUGCUGAAACACCCUGUCUUCCGCACUACGUGGUAGUUUGUUAUGUAAAAGUGGGGAUACACUGAACAUGAUGCUACUGAAUAUAGAACAGUGAUGGUCUUCCUGUGCAGUUUUGCAUGGCAGUAUGUAUUAACUGUUCUGCUGGCCUUAACUAUACAUUUUUGAGGACUUGAGGUCAGUAGAGGACCUGUACUUAAGUAUGUGACUGACAAAUCGAGAUCUUUACCUAAGCUCAGUAUGCAACAUUUCACAGACUGCAGAAAUAUGUAAACUGUGCCUUUCUCAAAGAUCUGGCUCUUCGUGAACAAAAAAGCAAUUCCUCUUUUAAAUCUGCAUGAUUAUUUAGUGGAAGAAGUGGUUUUUAAUUUUUUUAUUAUUUUGGAGCACUUUUUCAGCAGUACUAGCAGCUGAGGGGCUCAGGAGCCAUUUAAAAACUGCAAUCCCAUUUCCAUUUCACACCAUGCAAACAUCAGCAGUUAUGGGCUCUACAACCCAAUUUAGGUUGUUUUCGCUACUCAUCAUUAAGAAGGUACAGUGUCUGUGCAUUAUAUUUUCCAUGUUCUUUAAGUGGAGGGAAAAAACAGUUGAUAGUUUUGAAUCCACAUUUUGCCUUCCUAAAAGUCACUGACCAUGGCAGUUUGGGUUCAAUGUGCAUUUACUGCUAGCCUUGUAACUUCCCCUUGGAAGUUACAGUUCUGUGCUUUCAUUUUAUCCUUCAGGGAAUAAGUGAUUUUUUUUUUAAAACGCCCAUAGUAGCUAGAACUUGGUUCAAGCUAAAUAUUGCUGGAUAACCUGUUAUAAAAGACUGUGAUACAGAUUGGUUUGAAAUCUGGAAUAAAAUACUGCCAUUGAGUCAGUAUUUUAAGUGGGAAGGGGAAAUGCACAAUUACUUUCGAUAACAGAAUUUGUAACCAAGGGUCAAAUGAACUGUUUUGGAGCCUUUCUUUCAUGUAAUAAUUCUCAUGGUAAAGCUGUGUAGAAAAGUUUUAUGUCAAGCCUGCCACUACCCAGCGUCCAUUCUAAGUCAACCUUUGAUGGGAGCCAAAUAUUAAAAUCCAGUCUUACUCUCAAUUUACCACUGUGUUCAUAUCCACCAUUGUUGGAUUUGCCUGCUGUUUUCCUUCUACCAUGCAUCAUCUGUUUACAGUUACAAUUGAUAAAUAUGUAAUUUGGCAAUAUUUUAAAAAGGAAAAGAAAAUCACUUAAGCUCUUUUUUUAAAAAAAAAUAAGAGUUUUUCAGAAAAAAAAUGUGCUUGGACUUGAAAAAUAUAACCCACAGGUAUAAUGUGAGAAAAUGCUUCAACAAGAGUGCAAAACUACUUUUUAGCAAAGAUUUUUAAUUGUUUCAUGAUGGUUUUUAAGGGCAGGCUUUUAGAUUUUGAUGAAUGGAUUACUGAAGGAAAAUGGCAGCUAUUCUUUUGCUUUUGGUCAGUCUUUUUGAAAUAAAAUACUGGUUGUGUUUAUAAUCAGUUUGUUUUAAUAACUGUUCAAGUUUUAACUCUUCAGAAGCCAGUUGAAUUAUUGACCAGAAAUUGGUUAUGCUCAAAGACUCAGGACAAACUAAAUAAGCUAUAGUACUGUACAUUAUUGACAAUGUACGACUCGCUGAUUGGAAACAAAACAAGUGAGGUUUACAGCAGUGAUCAUGCUAGCGUUAAAUAAAAGCAAUGUCAUUAAAUGUGGAUGUGCAUUUUUCUUAAAACAUUACCUUCCUUUGCUUUUUGAAGAUUGACAGGCUUUGAAGAGUUAAAAAAAUCGAAAUGUGAAGUUUGGUAGCUCUGUAUUUGUAUUUGACUUCUGUUUCUUGACAGUUUAGAAUUUACUCUGAUCAGAUUGUUUCCAAGUCUCUUCUGUGCAAGCUUUAAAGGAUGCGCUCUUGCCAAUUCAUGUACUGGAAGAUCAGUUGUCAGAUUAAUGCAGUUUCUGACAAAAUUGUCAAUUGUAUAAACUGAUGAACCUCAGCUAAUCAGUAUUACCUUUCUAGAUCACCAUGUCUACCACAUAUCAAAUUCAGACUGCCUCUAGGUGUCUAAAAGCAUUGUCUGAGUUUGUUUGCAUUUCCCUCAGCUUGCUGGUAAUUGUGGGGUUUUUUUAAUGCAGAUGUGAUGUAAUCUUAUUUUAUUUGGAUCAAAGCUGGACUGAAAAUUGUAUUGUGUAAUUAUUUUUGUGUUCUUAAUGUUAUUUGGUACCUAAGUUGUAAAUAACGUCUACUGCUGUUUAUUCCAGUUUCUACUACCUCAGGUGUCCUAUAGAUUUUCUUCUACCAAAGUUCACUUUCACAUUGAAAUUAUAUUUGCUAUGUGACUGAUUUCCUAAGACUUCCAGGGCUUAAGGGCUAACUUCUAUUAGCACCUUACUGUGCAAGUAAAUUUUAAAGAUCUCUAGGUUAAGAAAAUUUGGCUUCAUUAUAUCCUUUGUUAUUUUAAAUAUAUCAAGAUAUUUUAAUUAAAGUUUUUACCCCUUUGAACCAAUUUUAUAGUAUAAUUUGUACCUAUUUUGGUGGUUUUGUCUUUAUAGUAAAUAAAAGAUUUUGGAC